GGCCCGGGCCAAAGGGGGCGGAGCCGGGGCUGCCUGCUCCCGAUGGGAGCCUGGAAAGGGGGAAGCCCGCGCGCUCAGGGGCAGCAGCGAGAGCGGAGCAGGCGGGAGCGGCGCUCGCUUUGCCUUGCUGGAUUUGGGGAUCUCCGGCUGGGCAGGGGGGAGGGGGCGGAGAGAGAGAGAGAGAAGCCAGGAUUCUCCUCGCCAAGGGGGGGUUCAGAGCGCUGGAUCGAGGAGGAGGAUGGAGCCUGUGACCAAGUGGAGCCCUAAGCAAGUAGUGGAGUGGACGAAGGGUAAGGAACGGGGCUCCGGCUGCUCCUCCAGCCUGGAUCUGCGGGAGAGGCACGCUGCUCUCUUUCACCCCCCUGCGCAGUGUUUGCUCUUCUUCGCUUCUCUUCCUCCUCCUCCUCUCAAACUUUUCCUCUUAACUUGGGGGGUCCUCAAUCCCUGCCCCCCUUCACCUCGUUCUCCCGCCUUCAAACUCCUCUCCUGCCCCCUUUAUUUCAAGCUGCUUCCUCAGGAGGGAUCAUACCUGCAAUUAGCUGCCGCUCUUAAUCCGAAAAGUGCUUGGCGGGCUCUAGUUCUCCGGCUGUUAGCAACACACACACACAAACACACACGGCUUUCAGGAGCCCAACGCAGCCACUCGCGUGUCAACAAACGAGCCUCUGCCGCGGCCCUGGGCAUGUUUUUGCAGCCUGGGCUGGGAGAGGGCUCCGCAUUCGGCGCUCCCCCCCCCCCGCCGGACUUACACGGGGUGUGUUGCGUUCACACAAACAAAGAGCAAGCUUCUUUAAGUAUUCCCGGCGAGGCUUCUUGAAGAGCCAGGUUACCUCAGGAAAGAGGAACAGUGAUAAAUUCUGGUCUUUAAAGAGGAAGACGCCCUUGUGACUGAUUUGGGAAUGUCGUGUGAAUCUCUGCUUGAACAGAAGCCGAGUUAAAGACGCUAAGGUCUUCUACGCACAAUAAUUGGUGAUAAUAAAUCGAGCCUCCAAAUGCCCGACACUCCACAGGUUGCCUUCUGAACAGAUGGGCUCGUUAGUGGCUGACUUUAUUUAUACAAGGCAGUGUAUGGAUUGCUAUCGCUUAAUAUAGCAAUACUCUCUGCACACACAACUUCCUUGGAUGUACCGGUGAACAAACACGGAUAGGGCUGUGCUACAGCAAUCCAGCUCCACUUAUUUUCUCGCGAGGGACUAGGGAGUGCAACCUAAGAGUCCAUUAUAUAGUUGGCACCCUCUGAAUGCCCAAACAUUCCUAGCAGACGAAACCUUUUAAGUAAUGUGAAGUCUGAGACUGUCUGCUUAGGUUAUAGGGUGCUACAAGUUGGCAGGAGGGCUUUUUUAAGGUCUCUCCUGCUUUCACGAUAGGCUGCACACUUUACCAGCUUAAAAUGCAUCUAGGUCAUUCUUUUUCUCAAUUUGGAUCCAAGCGGGCUUGAGGAAAAACUCGUCAAAAUGCAGUGUUAGAUAAGAAACCACAAAAUUGAAACAGGAUAGAUUAGGCUUGUGGCUACUACGUGCACAUUGCUUACCAAACCAAUGGUGGGAAUACACUGGAUGCACAACAAAUGUGCACACAGCAGAAGUUUUUCUCUGCCAGCUUGGCUUCUGGUGUUUUGUUUCAGAGUGCUCAGUUACUUCCUAUAAAUUAGUUGGUGUGAUGGUAUGGCACUGGUCAUUCAAAGUGGUUUCACCUUCCCUUUUAUACCUGCUCUUAAAUAUACUCGGUGCAAAUUAGGUUCUCCCAACUCACUGGAUUUCCCAUUUUGGCAGUUUUAAAUGGUGGAUUUUCCCCAGUCCCCCACCCCCUGCCCAAUAUAUAUAUUUAUAUGUAAUAGGAGACUGCAGUUAUGGGUUCCCAGAAUCAUUGCUGGCUGAUUAAUCUGAUCUAGAAGGGUGUGCAGGGUAUUAUUUGAUCAAUAAGUUUAUUUCACUAGCCAAAUGCUAUGAUAAUUAUUAUCCCACUACUCUUAACUUGAAGAAGAGUUGUUAGAAUAUGAAGACUUGUGUGAGAGGAAAUGUAGGGAUGUGUGUGUGUGUGUUAAUCUGUUUAGAGAUCGCUUACUGAGAAGGGGCCAUUCUCUGUUAUUCUUUCCACUAGUUUCUCAUGGUUUUAUUUUCCUGUCUUGACUCAAGUGCCUGGAUAUCAGUGCAGCUAAAGCCUCAUUCACAGAAAGAUGUUUUUGAUCCAGAGACCUUUUUACCUUGUGUGUGAAACUGAACUUUAUUCCUUCGUUCUAUCCUUUUUUGCUAGUAUACAUGUUUCCUGCUUUUGCAUCAUCUAGUAAAGAAGGAUGAGUAGGAGCUCCUAAUAAUCUAUUUCAGUUUACAUUGACUUUCAAGCUAUGAAUAACAGAUUGAUUUGGUUUGGUUCUUACUCUGUGAAUGGCUAAUUUGCUGUGAAAACUUUUUUUAAAAAGAUCUCUUAGCAAAUCUUAGAAAUAUACUCUCUAAGUAUGGCAGUCGAUGAAGAUCUGAUUACUACAGUUUCACAUUUGAAUUGGUAUUUUCUCCUUGGCUGAGAUAAUGCUUUGUUCAGGGAAGCAGCUACCUUUGCAUGUUCAGUAUCCUGAUACUGAUUGGAUUGUAUCCAGCUUGACAUUUAAAAGUGGCAGCAUUCGGAUUAAUUUCAUGGACCCAAUGAAAAUGGUGUCCAGGUUGGAAAUUAUCCAUGCAGCUCAUUGGGAAGGGGUAACCAAUGUGUUGCCCUCCAGAUGUUAUGGACUACAAUUAACACCAGCCCAAGCUAGCAUGGCAAGUGGUCAGGCAUGAUGGGAGUUGUAGUCCAGCCACAUCUGGAGGACACCAUGUUGGCCACCUCUGUCUUAUAGAGUACUGUUGCUGUGAAGACUGAAACAUAGUUGUACAUGCUUUCUAAUUUUUUGCAAAGUCAGAAGCCAUUGUUUUGCAACUCAGAAGGCUGAAUAUGCAAGUCAACUGUAGGCAUGAAUUAUGCAAAUGUUACUGAUCCAUUAAGAUUGUGUGAGCUAUUAUACAAGAGCUGCUGCGUCUGGUCCUGGCUGAAGUGGUGACUUAUUUAAGCAGGGCAGCCCAAACUAGUUAAGAGAGAUGCCAUCCUGGAGAGUUCAUUAGUAGAAAGGACCGAUGGAAGACUGCCUUUGAGAGCUAGUGUGUUGUGUAGUGCCUGAAAAUGGAACCAUGACAGUUCCCAGUUCAAAUCUCACAAAUGUACAAGCCUGUUCUUUCAGAUUUAGUGCUUCGCCAUUUGUUUUAGUUGAGCUUCUCCUAAUUAAUCAAGGCCUGGCCUUGCCACAGUUAGUGGUUUUAACUUUCUGUUGGAUGUGUGGUGCUUUGAACAGGAGGGAUUUGCUUCUUGGAGAAUUCAUUUUUUCCCUGUGCUCUCAGUGUGAAAUUUGACCUCUCAGCUGAACAUCAGAAGGUUCCCUAAUGCUACCUCCUGCCUGAUGAGUUUGUAAUAAGGCAGUGGGCUGUAAAGAAGGAAACUCUUCAUGGGCACGUGCUAAUCUGUUUCAUUGCUUUUGGACAGCACAGAUGUCAUUUAAAAGCAUGUAAGUAGCUCAAUAAUCACUUUGGUGUUAAGUUUCAUUUUUAAUCCAUAGCCAAGAAAAAUUGCCUUUUUUGGCAGUGCUCUACUAGGCUGUUAUUUCCAACCAAAUUUCUACAUUUUAAUCAUGUUAUUUCUGCUCCCCUGAAGAGGGAGGGCAAGGAGGAAGAAAAAGAGCUUGACAAAAUCUGUCAUUCUAGGCAAACAAUAACUUGAAAUAGUAUUUGAGAGCUGAAAAGUCCCUACUUUGGUGUGGGGGGUGGGGUGGGAUGAUAUAACUUCUAUUGAUCGUUGUGGUAUGCUAUUCUUUGUGUGGUAUGCUCUUCUGAAGAGGAUAUGCUCUUCUGAAGAAAUUCCUGCAGUGAAGCUCAAAUAGGAGCUAGUAGUUAUCAAAUUUAUUUGUAGUAGCACUUCCUUUGUUCAGAAGAUUGCAUCAAUGGAUAGUGAAAACCCAAGUCAGACAUCAGAGGGUGGCAUUUCAUUGACACAUAGUAUUGAAGGCAACCUCAAAGACCAUCUAGUCCAGUCUGUUGCCAAUGUAGGAGAUGCACUCCUACUGCAGCACCCUUGAUAAACAGCCAACUAGCCUCUGCUUGGGACGUGGGUGGCGCUGUGGUCUAAACCACUGAGCCUAGGGCUUGCUGAGCGGAAGGUCGGUGGUUCGAAUCCCUGCAACGGAGUGAGCUCCUGUUGCUUGGUCCCAGUUCCUGCCCACCUAGCAGUUUGAAAGCACGCCAAAAAAGUGCAAGUAGAUAAAUAGGUACCACUCUGGCGGGAAGGUAAAUGGCAUUUCUGUGCGCUGCUCUGGUUUAGCCAGAAGCGGCUUAGUCAUGCUAGCCACAUGACCUGGAAAAACUGUCUGUGGACAAAUGCCGGCUCCCUUGGCCAGUAAAGCAAGAUGAGCGCUGCAGCCCCAGAGUCGUUCACGACUGGACUUAACUGUCAGGGGUCCUUUAACCUCUGCUUUAAAAGCCUUUGACAUCCACCACCUUCUAAGGCAGCCUGUUCCGUUUGGUCUCAUUCCAGGUCCCGAUGAAUGAAAGCAAAAGGAAAGCCUUUGAGGCCCACAGCUGUACCCAGGAAUCCUAAAUGCCUAUGAUCAAUGGUUCCAAAAGACAGUGCAGGCACUGUUUAAUAAGUUAAGGAGGAUCCAUAUCCACCUAUAUUGUGCUAUUAGUAUUGCGCUGAGACAGAGGAGGGUGGGAUAAAUUGGCAUAUCCCCCACCCCCCAUUAAACCACUUAUACAUUUAUGCACAAUCUGAUAGGAAUGAGAGCAUGACAGGGAGGCAUUUUCUGAAUGUUCUCAGGCUCAUUUCGCACUUUUGAGGAUAUAUUUUUUUAAAAAAUUAUUUGUGGGGGCCUUUCUAGGUAUGCAAUGGUAUGCACAUGCUGUUUAAUUAACACUGUAUGACAAUCAAAAUAUUUUAAGAAUGUUGAACUAGGGGAGAUGGUAGGGAGUGACUAUAUUUAUCUUACUGUUUUGUGGAAAAACUAAAAGACAUAUCUUUCCAAAGUUCAUCUGCUUCCCCCCUUUUCCCCCAAGAUGUGCCAAAAUAUGCUACCCUUUGAAACAUGUUCUUUUAAAAAGUAUUCCAACAAACAUAGCCUCUAGUUGAAUCACGAACAUGAAAAAGGCACUGUUUACUUUCUAAACAAGCAUACCUCCUCUUGGAAAUUUUAAUUUUUGCAUUAGUUUAUAUUGGCUUGUUUUACUGAGGGUCUGCUCCAGAAAAAUACCCUAUGGGUGAUACUAAAGUUAAGACUUACUGUGUGUAGACUGCAAGUUGCAUUUUUGCAUGCUCAGUAUCUAUUGUCAAGGUGCAUGCUGAUAAUGAGCACUCUGUAAUAUAAUUACUCUGUAAUAAGAACCAUCCUUUCGUUUUGCAUUCACAAUUGCUAAUCUGGAGCAUGUGUUGCUUUGGUGUCCAUGUUUUUCAAAAGCUCGCCAAACUUUUCUGUGAACCCAGCUGCCUGAUCUGCACCAUGUGGGCUUAGCUGUAUUUCUGGGUGAAGAUGUUAAUCUGUGUGCUUUUUUUCACAUUUAAAAAGCAAGGCACAAUUAGCUGGCAGUCAUCUUAAGACCAUGGAAAUUAAGGAGAUCUUUUUGCUGACUGAAGAAAAUUUUGUGCCUGAACUAAAUGCACCCUUAAGACUGACAACCGCUUGAAAAAACUUUGGUGCUAUUAUAUGGCCUUAUCUACUGUACCAUAAACCUCCUCCGUCCCCAGAUGUUCAUUUAAAAAGGUGUGUGCGUGUUCUUUAAAAUCCUUUAGCUGAAUCCACUGCUUGCAUAGUUGAAGCAUUUUAAAACAUUAUGUCUUAUCUGUGCUAAACGAUUGCUGAUAUGGUCAUUAUUGCCUUCUUGCUCUGUACGAUAUGCCCAUCCAGAAUGAAAUGGGCCCCCGUAGGAGCAGAAAGAAAGGGGCUUCCUUUGGUCUUGAACUCAUUGUUUUCUGAAGAGAGGUUGGAAUAAGGGGUUAGGGACUGAUAUGGGCGCAAGGCUUUUCUCAGUGUGGCCUUCAAGCAUCCGUGAGGUCCAGCUAGCUGAGGCUGUAAGAGGAAGUCCUAUCUUGGCUACACAAUUUUUAUUGGCUUUAGAGCUCCUUUACCAGGGGAGAGUCCAUCAACUUUCCAGAUGUUGUUGGGCUAUGAUUUCCAUGAUCAGCACACAAAGAGAAGGCUGGAGCACAGGUAGAUUCACCUGUUAUAGCUCCUCCCCAUUCUGAUGUUGCCCAUAAUCCUGCUCCCUCCACUUGCUGCUUCUGGCUUGCUUAAGAGGGCAGGUGAGCAGGCAGCAACUGGAAGCAAGAAUAGAAUGAGUAGAGCCAGGGGAUUCUGGAGGUCAGCAGUGCUCUGGUGUGGGCCCCAUGCAGUACCUAAUGAUGCUGAGCCGUAAUCUUGGCCCAAGUUCCUAAGAUAUGCAAUUCUGGCAUUGGAACAUAGAAUGGGUCACCUCUCCAGUGUGACAUGGGGCUUCCAAUGUUCUCUGCAUAGCGUGGGGAAGUGCCAGAGUACAUCCGUCUGCCCCAUGAUGUCAAUAGGGGGCCCCUGGAGUGCACACUUCUCAAGGUGUGAAGCUUUGAAGGAGAUUCCUGCAUUGCAGGGGGUUGGACUAGAUGACCCUCGGCCGGGAUCCCCUCCAACUCUGCAGUUCCAUAAUUCUGUGAUUCUAAGUCUAGUGUUUUUAGUUGAGCUUUGUCAUCCGUCAGUGCAUGUAAGGUGGAUCUCUGUUUUGUUUCCUGAUUUUUUAUCAUGAGAAAGUCUUUUAUAAUAGAAUUGUACAGUUGGAAAGGACCAUGGGAGUCGUCCAGUCCCAUCCCCCGCAAUGUGUGUGAUGUGAGAAUAGCACUAGUAAAGGCUACAAUUUCAGUGAGGUUUACCUUGCAAUGCAUUUUGAACUGUCAGGGAGGUAACUCAAGACCCAUCUUGGAUGCAGGGUAAUCUGUCAUCAUCUUUCUUCUCUGUUCUGUUCCUUCAUGAGCAGUCCUCUCUUUUGCUCUGGACGGUAUAUCUGGACCUUCUCUGCACUCCGCCCCUAGUUCUUUUUCUCCUCACAACAACCCUGUGAAGUACCGUAUUUUUCGCUCUAUACGACGCACCAGACUACAAGACGCACCUAGUUUUUGGAGGAAAAAAACAAGAAAAAAAUAUUCUGAAUCUCAGAAGCCAGAACAGCAAGAGGGAUCGCUGUGCAGUGAAAGCAGCAAUCCCUCUUGCUGUUCUGGCUUCUGGGAUAGCUGCGCAGCCUGCAUUUGCUCCAUAAGACGCACACACAUUUCCCCUUACUUUUUAGGCGGGGAAAAGUGAGUCCUAUAGAGCAAAAAAUACGGUAGCUUAGAAGAGGAAAGAAUGACUGGUCUAAAGCAGAAGUCAGCAACCUAAGGCCCAUGGGCCGGUAGCGGCCUGCGAGGCUCGUCUAACCGGCCCAUGGUGACCCCUGCCACUGCCCGCUAUAACUGGCACAGUGCGGCGUGGAUGUGCACAGGAAAUAGCGUGUGCACAUGUGCAAGGAGUGUGGUGGAGUCUCCUUCUUUGGAGGUCUUUAAGCAGAGGCUUGACAACCAUAUGUCAGGAGUGCUCUGAUGGUGUUUUCUGCUUGGCAGGAGGUUGGACUCGAUGGCCCUUGUGGUCUCUUCCAACUCUAUGAUUCUAUGAGUCCUCCGACCCAGAUGUGCACCGGAAAUAGCAUGUGCGCAUGUGUGCGGGAUGGAGAAGUGCCUGUGCGCGUGUGCACACGCUAUUUCUGGCGCACAUCCAGGCCGGAGGAGCGCCGGAAAUAGUGUGCGUGCACGGGCGCUCCUCCGACCCGGAAGAGCGUGUGUGCGCACACGCUCCAGCCCAUCCUCCGACGGACAGAGCGUGGACUGGCCCAUCGACCGGUAAGCUUGCCAACCCCUGGUCUAAAGUGACCCAGUGCAUCUCAAGGUUGAGUGGGAGAUUUAAAGCUGGAGUCUGCCCAGUUCUUGUCUGACGCUUAAACCACUGCAGCCUGCUGGCUCUGUAAAGGGCCCUGGUUGGCUGGAUUAUGGAGAGCUAGAUCUGCACUUGUUGGCAGCUGCACAUUUGGAGGUGGCACGACAUGGGAAAUUGCCAGAAGGCUCUGCAUUCUGGAAGGCUGGUUAACGCGGAUUUGGCAGGUGGCUCUGUCUGGUUCAGAGGGCGAGGGGUCCAAGGGAAAGAAGAUUAAUUUUUAGAGACCCGGUCCUUCCCCUUUUGUGAACAUAAAUGGGUGAGCAGGCGAGGUUCAGCCACCCGAUUCUCAAAUGUCAUUUUGGAGGGAUGCUUUGAAUGACCUGGAGGGAGGGGUGCUGGAUUUCAGUUCAGUAGUGUUUGUCAUUGACAAUGCAAACCAUUCCACUUAGACAGAAGUUUACUGUUAUAGUGUUGAAAAUUUACUUUAAAAAACAACAAAACCAAACCUUGUUUCCUUUAAAAAAUAUGCUGGUUUUUUUAAUUAAAUGUUUUCUUAACUGUGAAAGGCCUGCCAUGUGGUGCAUAUGGCUAAUUGGUAUUAAUUCCCUCCCGUCCAAUAAUUGCACUGUGGCUGUUUGCUUUGUCAAACUGCAAAACAUAUAUGGGUCACAGAAAGAGAACUAAGUGCCACAUGAGGCACGAGACUUGUUGUUGUUGUUGUUUUGUUAAAGCUUCUGCUCUUCUUAAUGCUUACUUUAAGAGUACUUAAGUAGUGUUGCUAGGUACUAAACAAUGCAAGUCCAAUUGCGUGGGUGCCUUUACAUUCCUACUUCCCCAGUGCUUUGUUUCCCUUCUUUAAUACUGAAAGUGAGGCCUGUUUAAUUCUGCUGCAGAAGAAUUUCCUUUGUUUUGUGGAGGUUAAAAAUAUAUUGAAAGGGCUUUUGCAUAAUAGGCCAGGAAAUGCUUUUGAAGGGACUCUCUUUCAAGCUAUCCAUCGCAGUGCCCAAUAGAGGCAACCACCCAUAUUGUCAGAUUUAAUAUUUUUAAAUAAUUCAAAUAGAACAGUUUUGAAUUGAAGUCGUACUUCCCAGUUUUUCUUAGCUUCAUUUUAUAUAGAUGCUUCCCCACUAUUAGGAUGAAGUAGAUGAAUUCUUUUCAGUUGUAGAAGAGGAAGAACUGUUGGUAUUUUAGUGUUAGUUUGGAUUUUGCUUUUCACAUCGCUGUGCUGAGAUGCACAAGCAUUCUUAUUUAAUCCCCGCAACAUUCCAAUGUGGAAAUGUAGAUAGCCUGUUCUGCUUGAUGGUGAUUCCUUUUUCACCCUGAGUUUUAGUUCAAUCCAAAUGAACUAAAUUGCAUGAGCAAGAGAGAGCAAGAGAGGUGAGGGCGGGAGUGAAAUGGUUCAAUAAUACAAAUGAACGCAAAUAAGCAGAGUGGUCUUAGCAUAAUUCCUUAGGGUGGUCUGUUCUGAGAGAGCAUACACCCAUGUGAAACUGUGAAUAUUUUAGUAUUUGAGAACAAAGACCCCCCCCCACUUGAAAUAAACAGAACAAGCUGGAUGGUCGCCUCCUAGGGGUUCCCCAGGUUGCUUCUACCUUAAUAAUGGUUCUAUGAAAUACCCAAGAGAGACUGAGGGAUUAACUCUGAAAAUUGCAAGGUUUGCAUUGACAAAAUUUGAUGGGGUAUCUUGGCAUACAGAUCUUUCCCAACAUUCAGAAUUUAGCAUGACUUGGUGGUAUAUUGAUAAAAAAGUACCCCAGUUCCACUACACCUCAAGGUACAACAGGGUUAGAGGAAUUUAGAAAUUGGGAUAGAAACACUGGAAUUAUAACCAGGAAAACAAAUGUAAUUAAGGCCACAUCUGAAUGCAGUGCUAUCUUUCCCAUCACAGUUGUCCUCCUCCCAGCCUGCCAAAAAGGUGUGUGUAUAAUGUAUAAUAUGUACAGUGGACGCUCGGGUUACGAACAUGAUCCGUGUGGGAGGCACGUUUGCAACCCGCAGCGUUUGCAACGCGCGGGUCGUGAUUUGGCAUUUCUGCGCAUGCACAAAGCGCGAUUUAGCUUAGAGGGCCAGCCCUGUAUAGCUGCACCAGUAGACUUCAGAUCGUUCUCUUCACUCUCCUCCAUCUGAGGACUGGAACCUUCUGAUGGCUUCUGGAGCUCAUGGAUCUUGCUGUGGGUUUGAUCUGCAAGCCCCAGUUUCCACAGGAUAGUUGGAUAUGUGAGAGAGAAGGCCAUAGCCAUUCAGUCAACUUUUUUUAAAAAAACAGCUUCUAGGAAGCUAAUGGAUUGGCUUUAGGUACUAAUGCUGUUGAGACACUUCUCAGGAUAGAUCAUUUACAUGUAAAAGGACCAUAUGUAUGUAGUGUGCAGGCAGCUCAGCUCCAUAUGUAAUUACUGCUUUUGCAGCUGCCGCCAAAUAAAUGUCACUGUGUCAGAGCCUUGCUAUAGUUGGGAGUAGUUAUUCUCUUCCCGGUUCUUCUGGGCUCUUUUUCUUUUGCUAGAUUUGCUGCUGACUGCUUUUGUUUUCUACUGGUGUUCCUGCCUUUGAACUAUUGAACAGUCAACCUUUCUCUUUGAACUGCUGAAGUUAAGCAAUGCUUACUGGCUGCAGUCCACAAAACAGUUUAUUCCAGAAUAAACUCAUUUGAUCCUCAAAAACAGAAGGGCACUUUAUAGAUUCAUAAGCAGUGGGUCAGCUGUGCAAAGGACCCAGGUUUUCUCUUGAACCUAUUCUGUAGUAUACAGUGGUACCUCAGGUUACAAACACCUUGGCUUACAAACACUUCGGAUUACAGACUCCGCUAACCCAGAAGUAGUACCUCGGGUUAAGAACUUUACCUCAGGAUGAGAACAGAAAUCACGUGGUGGUAGCAUUGGGAGGCCCCAUUAGCUAAAGUGGUACCUCAGGUUAAGAACGUUUUCAGGUUAAGAAUGGACCUCUGGAACGAAUUAAGUUCAUAACCUGAGGUACCACUGUAUUCCUUAUAGAUAAUAUACUCCUGAAGUGGCUAUCCUAGACUGCACAUGUUGCUGGACUACAGCUCCCAUCAUCCCUGGCCUUUGGCCACGCUGGUUGGGGCUUAUGGGAAUUGGGGACCACCAGUAUCCAUAGGUCCAUAUUGGCCACCCCCUAUGGUACUCAGUUUCUACCCCCUUUAUCCUCUCAUAGGGUACUUCAGUUGAGUAACCUACAGUGUGGUUAAGUAAUUAUAGACUGUAACUUUUAUGUCAUAACUUUGUGCACUGCUGUGUAGGCAGGUAAUUUUUCUUUCAGGCAAAAGUCCUUUUAACUGUAGUGUAUGAUCAGAAGUUGAUGUAGGUUGGGUACUGGUGUGUGGCCAGCCUGUUGUGCAGGUACUGCAGUGUGGAUCAACUAUCUGUCGUGGAGAGCAGCCACCUUUCGUGGAGAACAGAUAUGGUCUUGCACAGAGCAAUUUGAGCAGGGGAAGUUGGGGGUGGCCAUCCUAAAUGCUUCUUAGCUACAGGAGAACCACUCCUUACGUGGCUGAGAGAGAAUGCUAAGCAGUGGCAGCAAUCACCACUCUGUGGCGUGGACGUGACUUGGGAUGUCUCUGUCCUUGUGCUAGCACGCACCACUUUCCUGUGUCUCGUAUCCAUAGGAUCAAAGUGCCCACUGUUAAUAUGGUGUGUUUUGAAGCUGUGGUGUUGGAAGAUUAAGGACCGAUAAAAGGAAGCAGUUCUUCAUGGAGUGCAUGGUUAAGCUAUGGAACUCGUUCCCGCAAAAUGCGGUGAUGAUCACCAGCUUGGAUGGCUUCGAAAGAGGAUUAGACAAAUUCAUGGAGGACAAGGCUAUCAGUGGCUAUGCUAUGCUUCCAUGGUCAGAGGCAGUAACGCUUCUGAAUGGCUGCUGCUAGAAACCACAGAAGGGGAGAGGGCUCUUGUUCUUGGGUCCUCCUUGCGGGUUUCCCACAGGCAUCUGACUGGCCACUGUGAGAACAGGCCAUUGGCUUGAUCCAGCAGGCUCUGCUUGUGUUUGUUUUAAUGCUAGUUCUGACAAAGCCUUUAUCUGUAUUUGCGCUGGAUUUCUAUUGAUAUAUAUUCAAAGUAAUAAUAUUAAUAAUAAUAAAUUGCUACUAAGCAAGAUGCACAAAGGGGGAUCAUUUGUAGCCAUCAGCACAGACUGGAAAUAGAUGGCCGGUGACUGUUGCUGCACUGUGCUUCUUUCCUGAGUAGGGUUGUUCCUGUGAAGUUUGCAAGCAUCUGAUCCUAGUGGCAGCACAGCGGGACAGAUACGGACAACUGAAUCUCAUUGGCCUAGGUACCCUUCUAAGGGUCAUCUGCGUCAGAGGCAAUCUGCCAAAUAUUGUCCUGUUGCUAGUGAUGGCUAGAUUGGUUUUGUGCUUAAUUGGAAUCUCCCCUCUUCACACUCUCACUGCCUAAGGAGAACUUCUGAUUAACCAUGGAAACAGUCGACCCUGGCUGCCAGUGCAUUGAUCACGGGAAAACCAGAUUAUUAUUUUUUGUCACUGAAACCAACCUUGAAACUUUAUGUAUUCUGUGUAAAACAAGUAGGCAGACUCUGAUGCCGUAAUUCUAGUAUAAUUCAAACUAUUAGCCACCUCCGCCGGACUCAGUAACACUAACAGUUUAAUAGAUCUUAAUAAACAUUUAAAUCAGUUGGCUGUGAAUAUUUGAAAGGACAUGGAAUCCAUUGGUAUUUCAACACAAUGCCCUUGUUUAAAGUCAGUUGCCAUGUAUUUGUGUGUAUUUUAUCUGCAAAUGGAAAGCCAUUGAAAUCCUGUGUUAAGGUCUUUGCCAGAAAAGGAGAGUUCAGAGGAACUAGUUGAGACAUGCCUGAGGAAUGUGGAAUGGAAUCAAAACGUUUGUCACACAGUGGCAGUCAACUGGCAAGAGCCAGCAACGACCUUAGGGAAAAGCCCGAUUUUUGAUAUUAGGUUAUCCUUAUCAGAUAUAUUUAAAAUGAAACGUGUGAAAUGCUUCCUUCAAAUCACACGGCUAGACAUUCUAAGCCUGCUGCAUAACAUGUGACCUGCAUUAGCUCAUAAACCUAAAGUUCACUUUUCCUUUACUCCACAAGGAAGAAAAAUAUUAGAAUUUUAGGAAAGCUGUCAGUAACAGCCUGUUGAUCACUCUGCAAUCCUUGUGAGAAAUUACAUUUUGUAUUUUUACAUCCCAUCUGGAGCCAUCAACUCUUUUUGCUGACACGCUCAAGCACCCCAUCACAGCAACGAAUGGUAGUAGCUUUUUGAACAGUAAAAGGAAGCUGAAAUGCUAUGAAGUGUGAAACUUGACAGGUGUACAUCAGAAGACAUGCUGUUUAGCACAUUGUUGCGUACUGCUGUUACUGAGCAUGAGGUCACAUCAGUGCUGUACGAUGAAAGCACCCUUGUUCCACUUUAACAGGCAUGGCUCCCUGCCCCACAGACUCCUGGGAACUGUAGCUUGAUAAGGCUGCCAACCUCACAGCGCGAAAAUUCUCCAUACAAACACCCUUCACAGCUCCCAGGAUUAUCUUUGAUGGUUAAAAUGGCAUGAUAAUGAUUUAAGCAUAUGGUGUUGGGUGACCUGGGUGCCUGCAGUGUGCUGGGUUCCAUGCAGAACACAGCAGUGAUUCAGAUUCUUCCUUGGGGACUAACAGCCUCCCUUAGAUCAGCCAGGGAGUUGGCUUGGGGAGAGUUGGAUCUUAGUAGAGGCCAGGUAGGGUAGGACUGGGACUGUUCAUCCAAGGCAUCACUGCAAAAGUAGGAUUGGAGGAAUUGAGGGAGCAUGUUGACAAAUAAAGGUCUUUCCAUAUAUCCUCUACCCCCAUGAAUACCUUUUGAGUUAACUGCAGAUUACAGAGCCAUAUCACUUCUCCAGGCCCUGCAAUCCAUGGAUUUCUGCUGUACCAUACGGAACGAAGGAGUAGCUGGAGGGCGGUAGGCUUAGGAUAAUAAGACAGAUGCUCUAUCUCCUGUGGGUCAGUGGGGAGGUGCUGUAUUUCUGUGGGCUUAAUCAAAACCAGCAAAAAAGGUGGGAGGGAUGGGUUGGGGACUCCUGCUAGCACAAAUUUGUUUAGUUCAUUCUAUUUUAUAUAUGCCAGUCACUCUUUUUCUAGAGAAGCUGGCAAUCUCUAGAUUCUCAGGCGUGGCUGUUUGGAAACCGAAUUCAGAUCUCUGAAUGGAAAGAGCUGUUAAAUAGGCCUUAGGGAGCACUUGACAAACUUUGAAGCAUCUUAAAAUUAAAAAAAAAGCUUUGUAGGGGAAGUCGAAGAAUGAUUGACUUCCCUGGAAGACAGGCUCUGCACAAUCCUUUGGGAAGGAGAGCAAGCAGGUUAACCACCUUGACCCCUUGAGAUCAGCAGCCUAUGUUUUAAAUAAUAAAAUCAGAGUAGAAAGAGAUGCUCCCUUAACCUCAGCACAGCUAACGACUUAAAUAAAAACGGAUUGCCCUUGUGCAGCUGGAGUGAUAAGCGUUGGGGUGGGGGUCGGGGAAACAGCAGCUGGAAGUAUUCAAGGAUGAUGUAUCACACAGAAAUAUGGUGGGAAGUCAGCCCUGCUUCAGUUCUUCAGCAUGCUGUACAGUGGUACCUCGGGUUACAUACGCUUCAGGUUACAUACUCCUCAGGUUACAGACUCCGCUAACCCAGAAAUAUUACCUUGGGUUAAGACCUUUCCUUCAGGAUGAGAACAGAAAUCGCGUGGUGGCGGCACGGUGGCAGCAGGAGGCCCCAUUAGCUAAAGUGGUGCUUCAGGUUAAGAACAGUUUCAGGUUAAGUACAGACCUCCGGAAUGAAUUAAGUACUUAACCUGAGGUACCACUGUAUUGCUUUUACUUUCUGACUGUUUGCUUUGUAAAUUUACCUUCAAAACUAAUCUGCCAGCUAUACCUGUGGCAGGAUAAGUGCGAAGACUGCAACAUGACAGGCCAGUUCCUCCCCACCUCUUGCUAUGUAAAGCUGAAAUGCAUGAUGGGUAUAACGUCUUGUCUCUUUUCCCCCUCCCAAGUUUGCAGAAGAUCCUUAUACAGUAGUGCUCUUUUCCCCCUCUUUCCCAUUUUUUUUUUCUUUUUUAAAUCAGUUGUUUCCAAAGUGAUGCAAAUCUUGUAUUGCUAAGCUGCUUAUCAACUUGGCAUCUAAGCAGCCACAGUGGGAGCAUUGUAGUGGGCUGGCUUUAUUUCUCUGAAGGUUUUAGCCAGUUAGGAAUUGUAUUUGCACAAAUCCUCAGUAUAAUUGGAGAAGAAUUUUAACUCCCCGUAGACAAGUCACAUGCCUAACAUGCCAGGGCCUUUUAUCCAGCGCUCAUUCACAGAAGUAUUCACUUCCCAGGUCCUGAACUUUCCUGAGAACCUCAUGAUUUAUUGAUAAUUGAGCACGAUAAUUGAGCUUGUGCCACUGCAGUAAAGCUACAGUGAGAAACUAAGAGGGCAUAUUGUCAAAUGCAAGAGCAAACCGGCAGGCUGGCUGGUUGGUUGUAAGGAAUGAAAGUGCAGUUUAAGCAGUGCUACAUAUUUAUGGUAGGUUGGGCGGAUUAGAUGGUGUUUUGGCUCCUUUUUUAGAAGCCAGAUGUCUGUUUAAGUAAUGUCUAGAUCAGUGGUUCCCAAAGUGGGUGGUAUUGCCCCCUGGGGAGCAGUAGGAUUACCUGCGGGGGGUGCUAAGAGGUAAGCGGGCAGCACAGGGGCGCUGAGGGUGCCAGUGACUAUUAGGCUUCAAAAUGCUGGUGUCACUGAAUCAAGUUCAUCAGUUUUGUUGAGUUAAUUAAAUGAAAUAAUUUCUAUUGGAUUUUCAAUAAAUGUUUUCAAUAAAUUAAUUGCGUUGGGGAUGAGUUUAUGGAACCAAGGGGGAAGUAGUCUAAGAAAGUUUGGGAACCCCUGGUCUGGAUCAGUCUUCCUCAACCUGGUGUCCUUCAGCACACCCAUCAAGCCCUCUCAGCAUGGCUAAUGGUCAGGGCUGAUGAGAGUUGUAGUCUAAACAUUCAUUGGGCACCAGGUUGGGGGAAGUUGGUCUGGAUUGUUGGGAUCUUCCGUGUGUCUCAGUUAAGCCUGACCUGGAUCCAAACCCUCUCUCCUAGGCAAGAAAUGAUGGGUGGAAAAGGAAGAAACGUCCCCCAGCCAUGAAAUAGACAUCAGUUUAGGGUGUUUGGUCGUGGUUAUGCUUUUGGUGGGUGGAGUCUUUGUCUUCUGCCAUUUUGGAGAAGUGCGGUGUUCACUCUUUGGGGGGAUUUAUCUCUUUUUCUUUACUGUAAAACAGCUAGAAAGGCAGGUCACAGAAAACAGAGUACAAAAAAUUCAAUCCAACUCAUCUAGGUACAUCAGAAUUGAAUUAAAAAUCAGUCUACAUGCGGUAUUCCUCCAUCUGAUGCAACAACUUACCUUAAAAGUAACUGAACUUCAGAAUGCCUGGUGCUGAAAGCUUGAUGGUGCUGGCAGCAGACAUCCGAGAUGGUUUUAGUACCCACCCUAUUCUUUCGAUUAUUGAGUAAUAAUAGUAAUAAUAAUAAUAAUAAUAAUAAUAAUAAUAAUUUAUUUAUACCCCACCCAUCUGGCUGGGUUUCCCCAGCCACUCUGGGCGGCUUCCAACAGAAUAUUAAAAUACAAUAGCCUAUUAAACAUUAAAAGCUUCCCUAAACAGGGCUGCCUUCAGAUGUCUUCUAAAAGUGUGGUAGUUGUUUUUCUCUUUGACAUCUGGUGGGAGGGUGUUCCACAGGGCAGGUGCCACUACCGAGAAGGCCCUCUGUCUGGUUCCCUGUAACUUGGCUUCUCUCAGUGAGGGAACUACCAGAAGGCCCUCAGCACUGGACCUCAGUGUCUGGGCAGAACAAUGGGGGUGGAGACGCUCCUUCAGGUAUACUGGACCGAGGUCAUUUAGGGCUUUAAAGGUCAGCACCAACACUUUGAAUUGUGCUCGGAAAUAUACUGGAAGCCAAUGUAGGUCUUUCAAGACCGGUGUUAUGUGGUCUCGGCAGCUGCUCCCAGUCACCAGUCUAGCUGCCGCAUUCUGGAUUAGUUGUAGUUUCCGGGUCACCUUCAAAGAUAGUCCCACAUAGAGCGCAUUGCAGUAGUCCAAGCAAGAGAUAACUAGAGCAUGCACCACUCUGAUGAGACAGUCUGCGGGCAGGUAGGAUCUCAGCCUGCGUACUAGAUGGAGCUGAUAAACAGCUGCACCUCCAUGGACAGCUGUGAGUCCAAAAUGACUCCCAGGCUGAACACCUGGUCCUUCAGGGGCACAAUUACCCCAUUCAGGACCAGGGAGUCCUCCACACCUACCCGCCUCCUGUCCCCCAAAAACAGUACGUCUAUCUUGUCAGGAUUCAACCUCAAUCUGUUAGCCGCCAUCCAUCCUCCAACUGCCUCCAGACACUCACACAGGACCUUCACCACCUUAGAAUCAUAGAAUCAUAGAGUUGGAAGAGACCACAAGGGCCAUCGAGUCCAACCCCCUGCCAAGCAGGAAACACCAUCAGAGCACUCCUGACAUAUGGUUGUCAAGCCUCUGCUUAAAGACCUCCAAAGAAGGAGACUCCACCACACUCCUUGGCAGCAAAUUCCACUGUCGAACAGCUCUUACUGUCAGGAAGUUCUUCCUAAUGUUUAGGUGGAAUCUUCUUUCUUGUAGUUUGGAUCCAUUGCUCCGUGUCCGCUUCUCUGGAGCAGCAGAAAACAACCUUUCUCCCUCCUCUAUGUGACAUCCUUUUAUAUAUUUGAAAAUGGCUAUCAUAUCACCCCUUAACCUCCUCUUCUCCAGGCUAAACAUGCCCAGCUCCUUCACUGGUUCUGAUUUGAAAGAGAUGUAGAACUGGGUAUCAUCCGCAUAUUGAUGAACACACAGCCCAAACCCCCUGAUGAUCUCUCCCAGCGGCUGCAUGUAGAUGUUGAAAAGCAUGGGGGAGAGGACAGAACCCUAAGGCACCCCACAAGUGAGAGCCCAGGGGUCUGAAAACUCAUCCCCCACCACCACUUUUUGAACACAGCCCAGGAGGAAGGAGCAGAACCACUGUAUAACAGUGCCCCCAGCUCCCAGUCCCUCUAGACAGUCCAGAAGGAUGUUAUGGUCGAUGGUGUCAAAAGCCGCUGAGAGAUCCAGCAGAACUAGGAAACAGCUCUCACCCUAGUCCGCCGGAGAUCAUUGACCAGUGCGACCAAGGCAGUUUCAGUCCCAUGAUGAGGCCUGAAUCCCGACUGGAAGGGAUCCAAAUGGUCCGCUUCUUCCAGACGUGCCUGGAAUUGUUCAGCAACCACUCGCUCAAUCACCUUGCCCAAGAAUGGAAGAUGUGAGACUGAAAUGAAUUAAAAACCAUUUAUAUUGUAUUUUUACAUUGCUGUGACCCACCUUGGCACCUUAUGGUUCAGGGCAGGUAAGACGUCAAAUGCUAGUUGAGAUUCCUGCAUUUCAGGGGGUUGGACUGACCCUUGGAGUCCCUUCCAACUCUAUGAUUCUAUGAUCAUCAUAACCUCUAGAGCAGAGUUUUCCACAGUUGGGGUGCCACCACUAAGGAAUUCAUUUUCAGUCAUCUAGGUAAGGAGAUGGCCCAUCACCUUCAGCCCAAGCCAUUUAGGGUUUUAUUUGUGCUGUAGUGAAACCUGCUUUCCAAUUUCUCAGAACUUUUCUUCACCUGCGAAAGGAGCUUCCAUUUUUCUGUCUUGUUCUUGGGCUGCUUGAGAAUGUCCUUAAGCGUUAGGAUGUGGGCUUGCUCUUCCCUGAUCAUUGUGGUGUGUGUGUGUUUCUCUAAACUUAUCCAGCACUCUGCAGUCUUCCCUGCUUCCUAUGUUUCCUGCUUUGAAAAUUCCCCAUGGGAGAACAUAGGAACAAGCACAGGAAGUUGCUUACUACCAAGUCAGAAAAUUACUCCACCUAGCUCUAUAUUGUCUACACUGACUGGCAGUGACUCUCCUGUGUUUUAGGUGAUGGUCUCUCUCAACCUUACCUGGAGAUGCCAGGGAUUGAACUUGGGAUCUUUUGCUUGCGAGGCGGAUGCUCUGCUACUGAGCAAUGACCCUCCCCCAAGAUAAUGUCAUGUCUUCCCCUGAGCUUUUAAUUUAAACACAGGAAGCUGUGGAGGUCCUUCCUUUAACCUUUUUAAAAAACUUCGAAAGAAUCUUCCCACCCUGGUUUCCUUAAAAGUAAAAAGACAACACUUUUGAAACAACAUUAGCAAACAGUUACCUGGAGCGCAGUAAGCAGCCUCUCCACUUCCUGUCCUUACUGGAAAGGCUAGCUAAGGACAUCAAAGAUAUUUCAGAAGUGCAGAGGAGGCAACCCUCUGGAAAGAUGGUUUGUGAACUAGAAGAAGGGAACCCUUUGCAAGUGCAACCAGAACCCUGCCCACACCCGCCCACACUAGAAUUUAUCCUGUUUUCUUUCCCAUUCACUACUUUUCUGAGCUAAUUGAUGGAAAGUGAUUGGGAAGGGUGGUGUGGAAUGGAGGAGAGCACAGUACUAGGCUUUCUGUUUGUUUCUUUUUAAAAUUAUUUUUAUUGGUUUUACAUAUAAUCACAUUACAUAACAUAAUAUUCUCUUAUUUUAUCUCUCUGGCUCAACUGAGCCUAACGGCUUCCCUCCCUCCCGUCUGAUGGUUUACAAAACUAAACUUUGCAUCUUUACAUUUCGCUUCGCUUCCUAUCCUUGUUAUAUCAUUACCUAAAAUAUUGUAUUACUCAACCUGGGUAGGUAGCAAUUUCAUCUUACAAAUCUUCAGAUAACCCUGCUAAUGAUGUUAAUUGCUUACAGAGCACUCGGCUUUCUGGACAGCCUCGGGCUUAGCAGUGAACAGGUAGCUGACCUUUCCUCCAAGCACAUCUUGGAACUGUGCCCCAAAAGGAGGCCUUCUUAAGCACCUUGGGCAGUGCUAUUCCCUCCCUCGAUAAUGCAUUCACUACUCCUUGGAUUCACCCUGUCCGUUUCCUCUGGUUAGCUUUUACAAGCCAGGAUAGGUUCGGGUUGUAGGUGGAAGGCUGGACCCGUGCAAGCAUUUUGUACACAUCAUCUGACAACUGACCCCAAAUAGCCAGACAUGAAAGUGCCUAAGUUAUCACCAUCUGCCCAGCAUCAUCAUCAGCAGAGUCUGGGUUGCCCUCGAAGUGCCUUGCAAGUUUGUCACAGCAGGCUUCCAAGUACUCAAGACUCCUUCCCUUGUCGGAGGAUGAUCAUACCAAACCAUUCACUAUCUGGAAAAGCUCUCCAGAAUGGCUACUUGAGGAUACAGCGGGUGGCAGCGAAGUAGCCUUUCUUCACCAGUGUAUAUUGUGGGUUUUGUCUUGGGAUGUAUCCCUAAUUAGGGUUUAAGUUGGCUUUGUUUAGUUGUAAUUUUCUCACCAAAAAGCUAAGCUGUUCUGUGUAAUUACACGUGAUAAUAUCUUUUUUCCCAGGCAGGAUGUUCGCAGACUAGUUGGUGGCAGCUCGAUUGCAUGCCAGGUUGCACCUCUUUCAUGACUGUGGCUGGCUAUCUCAAAGCUUGUCGGCAGCAUGCAAAUGUGCUCUUGCUACACACUGUGCUCCGACAUGCUUAUGGGUGGCUUAGCAGUCACCAUGGGGCUAUGCAUAUGUGUGCAUUUCUAAUCUGGGAGCGCAUAUAAAUAGGGAAGGACAAAAUGAUGCUGAUGUGAGCAAUGCUCCUUGUUGCAAUCCUCCAAACGAUGUCGCAUGGCAGUAGGAGGGAUCCCUGCCCAUCCUUGGUGUUGCCUCAUAUUUUCCAAAAGCCACCAUUGCAACAUGGCUUCCUGUUUUCACUGUGGGAAUAAACCUCAAAAGUCUUAAUUAUUAGAGAGUUCAACCCAAGCAGCCCUUGUGACUCACAAACAAGUCCCAGAACUACACAGAUCCAUAAACAUCAGAGGAACAAAGGGUCUUAGUUGCAGGCUGCACAUGAAGCUCUCAGAAUUUGAGGUGUGACUGUACAAUGUGAGGCAGGCAAGUUUUCCUGGGGCACAGGCCCUCAUGCAUGAGAAAUAUAAACAGCGCUGCUUCUAAAAAUGUAAAAUAAACUUGGGCUCGACCAACUUUAAACUUAGGGCAUUUGUUGACCGCAGAAAACAAGUAUUAUUUGCACUUGCUCAAGUGUAUAAAUAGAACUCUUCCUGGAAAUGUGUUAACAUAGUUUUCUUGGGUGGUAGGAGUGAAAGUUAAAUUAUUAGUGGGCUGCCAAGAAAUAAAUCCUGUGUUUUAAAAAAGCGAUGACGCCAUCCUUUUGGCUUUUACAUGUACAUUUUUUAGUUUGAUCUGUUGUUACAACUGUGUUCUAAAACGUGCUUUGUAACUGCUUGUUUAUUUUGCUUGAAUUCCCCCCGAAAUGUAGUAUUCUACAGCAGAUUCUGAAGGAAUUUGCUAAGUGUCAUAUAUUUCCAGUGCUUUCAGCCAUAUUGGGCUGCACUCAAUGCAUGCUUACCUGUGGGAGUAAAUCCCAUGGAACUCAAUAGAGCUUACAUAGAAUCAUAGAACUGUAGAGUUGGGAGGGAUCCUGAGGGUCAUCUAGUCCAACCCCUUGCAAUGCAGCAAUCUCAACUAGAUCAUACAUGGCAGAUGGCCAUCCAACCUCUGCUUAACAACCUCCAAGGAAGGUUUGACUGGAUAGACAUUAGUUAUGGUAGCAACAAAUACCAAACAAUAAAGAGUAUUAUAUAAGGGGCACCUUAAGACUAGCACAUUUAUUAUGGCAUAAGUUUUCAUGGACUAGAGUCCACUUCACUAUACCUGGGUUCCAAGAGGAGCCAGUGUGGUGUAGUGCUUAAGAGCAGUAGUCUUGUAAUCUGGUGAGCCGGGUUCGUGUCUCCGCUCCUCCACAUGCAGCUGCUGGGUGACCUUGGGCUAGUCACACUUCUCUGAAGUCUCUCAGCCCCACUCACCUCACAGAGUGUUUGUUGUGGGGGAGGAAGGGAAAGGAGAAUGUUAGCCGCUUUGAGACUCCUUCGGGUAGUGAUAAAGCGGGAUAUCAAAUCCAAACUCUUCUUCCAGCAGAAGAGGAUGUUGCAUAUGCUGGUUUAUACGUUAUGGGCUUUCAGGCAGGUACUCUGCUCAUGUCCCCCAUCAUGUAUAUAGCAUCUUUAAAGGAAGUGUGAAAAAUGCAGGCUUCCAGUUUGGGUUCUAACAAUUACAGACAUCAGUUGCAGGGGCGGAUCAAGGUUGCACGUCGGCCUUAAAUAGAUAUUCCCUCUCCAUAAAACCCACCAAGGUGGUUUUGUGGUGGCACGAGGUCUGCCUAGACUUGCCUCCAUAGGGCAGGUGUUUCUUUAGUUCCAUUUGAUGCUGCAUCCAGUUGCUGAACGAAGCCAGCCUUUGUAUCUGCUUUUUGUUGAAACUUGAAAUGCCAGGUGUCUGGAGCAAAUCCGUGAGCACACUUUUGUUUCCAGUUUGUUUGUUCAAGUCUGGUUAAUAGCGCUGGCUAAUGUGUGGAAAGAUUACAUUUCAGACAAAUGCGGUGGGCUGGCGAAAUGGGCCUGAAACACGUGCUGCUGAUUUUGAACUCCUGAAAGCUCAUCAUAUGAACUGAAGCUUAGAGGUGUUUAUAGUUAGCAUGCCCGGAGCCUGUUCCUGGUGCCCAGAUGCUCCUCCCCAACUAAUUCUUGGUCCCACUCCGAUGGCUGCGGGGCUUGCAUUAAGCUUGAAAUGGGACCAGCAACACAGUAACCUCCAUUUCUCUAUUAGCUCUUCUGCGACAAGAGUGGUUGGAUGGGCACAGUCCUUUCUGGAAGGGCAAAGCACACAGGGAUAUGUGCUUGAGAUCCACUAGCCUUGCAGGGACCAUUCUGACUACAGUAUUUAUUGCUGCUGGGUGCUACAGGGAAAAGAAGCAGCUGCCGCCUCUGUACUGUGCAUAGAAUCAUAGCAUUGUAGAGUUGGAAGGGACCCUGGGGAUCAUCAGAUCCAACUGCCUGCAAUGCAGGAAUAUAUAGCUGCCCCAUAUGGGGAUCAAACUUGCAACCAUGGCAUCAUCAGCACCACACUCUAACCAGCUGAGCUAUCCAGCUGAUUAUAAGUAGGAACUCUCUUUGCUGUGGUUUACUGUAUGUUGAAAAUUGGAUCUACCACAUCUGUACCAAUAGAAUGUCACUGAACUCGGUAGGCAAUCCUGGUGGGCAUAUACUUUAAAUUGUUGUAUUUGGGUGCAGUUGAUGACACAGUCCAACAUUCUUCAGCUCCAUUGUGUGGCAUUUUACAGUUGUAUUUUUCUUUCUGCUGCUCUUCUUCAUAGCGUUAUCACUGAACUGAUGACAAAGUGGAGCUGAAAUGAGUUCUGUGAUACCAAGGAAGAAAGAGGUAGCAUGUAGGACUUUCUCCUGCCUGCUCUUGUGAGGCCUACUUGUUAAAUAGCUGAGGUGCUGCUUCAUCCAUCAAGGAGAGGGGCCACCUCAGUGGUGGUGAGGUCUUUCUGGAAUGUUCACCCCAAUGAAACCCCACAGACUUAAACAUGGAAUGCUUCAGAUGCCAAGAUUAAACUUUUUGAGAAGUCAGCUUUUGAUUUGCUAGGUUUUUGUGAAUUUAUUGCAAAACUGUUUCUUUUUAAAAUUCCAGUUGCUAUCAUUUUCCGUUUUUAAUUUGGUUGUUUUUUCCCCCAUCGAUUUCUAAUUGUGUAGCUGUGCUUUAUCGUUUUAGCAUUUUGUGUUAGCUUUCAUUUUUAUUUUUAAAACAAACAAUAAGACUUUGCUUACAAUGUGUUUCACUUUUCUCCCUCACUGUCCUACAAACCAUCUUGCACUUGCGUAAAAAUGUUAGGAAAGACAGCUGAUAACAAUGGUUUAACGAUUUCUGCAAAAAAAGAGAACAGGAAAGAAGUAUUAUUUUGGGAUCCAUAUCAUUGUAAAUAACCUUAGGAUAGCUCAGUAUGGAUUAGCCUGAAUCUUGCAUAAGCAAUUUUGCUUUGAAGAUUUGACAAGCAGCAUUGCAGACUUAUCAGGAUUGUAUUCAGGAUAGUGUAAUUUUAUUGCUGGUGCUCAGCCUUUUCACAGGAUGAAAAAUUGCAUGACUGGCUCUCAUCUGACAUAAUUGCCUUGGAUAACUUCUGGUGGACAGCCACAAGGUACACAGUUGUGCAACUUAGUCUUGUGUAGUUAGAGUUACUUGGGAUUUAUGUGGGUGGUUCCUGCACCACCACCACCCAAAAUCAGCAUUUAAGCCGCUCACAACUCAGGGGUGUUUCCAAGCCAAUUUGUUAUACUAUCUAGAAAGCUCCUUUUCUACGAAGGUUCUGUUGUGACAGGCAAACCCUUUGGCAGGCCUUUGCAUCGUAGCCCUUGCUGUUGUUCAAAUCUGUAGUUGAAACUCAAAUGGCAAUGCAGCUUUCCAUUGUUCUUUCCAGAUUUUAUUUACAUGUACUCAUACAUUUUAAAAGUAUAGCUUAAAGGUCAGAAUUUACAAGACAUGCUCUGUCCAGAAGAAUGGAAACAAUGCAGUGGCUCCAACCAAAGAUAACAUACGGAAACCCUAAUCUAAAGUGAUAUCAUUAUCUCAUUUUCUUCCCACUUUGUUCUUCUCAGGCAGUCUUCCCCAACCUGGUGCCCAUGCUGGGUGGGGGUUGAAGGGAGUUGCAGUCAAAAACAUGUGGAGGGUACCAGAUUGGAGAAGACUGUUCACAUAUAGUCAUGCCUCAUCUGAGAAUGGGACACAAGCCUUCAAAGUUUCUUGGGCUCAUUUCAAACCAGAUUGCCUCAUCGUGUCAGUCCAUGUUGGAUAUCAGAGAUGGAUGUGUAUGUUGCACCAGGAUGCCUUUCAGCAGUUUGGAGAUACAGUAUUACCUCAGGUUACAUACACUUCAGGUUACAGACUCUGCUAACCCAGAAAUAGUACCUCAGGUUAAGAACUUUGCUUCAGGAUGAGAACAGAAAUCAUGCUCCGGCAGCGUGGCAGCAGCAGGAGGCCCCAUUAGCUAAAGUGGUGCUUCAGGUUAAGAACAGUUUCAGGUUAAGAACGGACCUCCGGAAUGAAUUAAGUACUUAACCCGAGGUACCACUGUAUGUUAGAGUUCACACAAUACGGUGGGAGUGAGGGGGGAAACUGCAAGCAGGAGUAGCUAACCCAAAGCCUUGGAAGCCAAGAUCACUUGAUGCAUUUUCAGGUGCGCAAGUCGAUUUCUUGCCCAUUGGCCCCGAUUCAUUUAACUGGAGGGAAUGUGCCUCAGAGCGCAUAACUGGAUUGGGGAAUAAUUGAGUUCCCCUAACUUAAUUUGACUGUGUAUGUAAAGCAGUAAUUAUGAAUGGUUUAAAACUGACGUUUUUCUCUCUCCACUCUUUUGAUGUAGCUUUUAUAUGAAAAGUGAUGGUUCUAAUCCAGUUUAGUGACUUAAGUAUAAGCCUGGAAGCAGUAGUAUUCUGAGUUUAAUUAAUCUACAGCGCAAGGAUGUAAUCUUGUGGGUGGCUAGGAAAGUCGGUUUUUUUGGAUGGAGGCUUGUAAUUUUCCCUAACACUGCCAAGAAAUGGUUAUGUUACUUGUUCAUCAGGAACGUUAGCAUUCUGUGGUGUCUUUGACAGAAACGGGGGAGCCGCAACUGACUUUUUACAACAUGUAGUGUUUAAAUUGGGGUUGCAAGUGGAUGAAACUUGGCAUGAGAUAUGACGUCUCCACACUCCCACCCAUUUUCCACCCCCAUCCUCAGUGUGAAGCAUCUGCUUGGCGAAGUUGUAAAGGAAAAGAUACCCCUAGUACUGAAAGUCUGCCAUCUGCCUGGUAGUAAUGCCUUCAGCAUAUUGCACAACUUGCCUAAGAAUUUAAGUUGUUUCUGCUAAACUGAUCUGUUGUGAGUUUCUUUGUUACAUGCCCCAGUUCUGAUUAUCUGAUUGCUGUCCUGCAGAGGAAUUUACCCAAACAAAGAAGCUUUUUCACAUUUGACUAGCGGAUUAAUAACGCCUUGCAUUGUUUCCCUUAGCAUUUCGGUGUGUUCCUGAUACAGUGAUAUCUCUUACAACCACAUGAGUAGAUACUUAAGUUCUACUUGGAGACAAUAGCUGUGGCUUGGACCGAAGUUUGCGAUUUCUUCUAAAUAGGGCUCUGAAUUUGUUAUUAAGAAUUGCCUCAUUCAUGUCGGAGACUGGAACUGGGCAUGAAUGGGGUGGGUGGGUAAAUGCAGCUCAGUAGUAGAACACAUGCUUUACAUGCCAAAGGUCCAAAAUGAUCAAGUAGCAGCGGUUGGUAAAAGCAUCUGACUGACUUUGGCUCUCAGGAUCUCAGGCAGACUAGUCAACGCUGGGGUAAUAAGGCAGGCACGUCCAACUCUCUAGAGACUGUGAUCUACUCCCAGGGGGACAGCCCAGAUUGUUGAGCUUUUUUUAGGAAGGGUUCGCUCACCCAAUAAUACUCCACAGCCCUCCGUCCUUCCUUCCUCCACUCUGUCCCCAAUGCAGGGAAACUGAGACCAUUUUAGAGAUUCAUUGCCAAAAAGUGUACUUGCCCAGAAGAGGUGCCAGAUCAGACUGCUGGUUCAUCUAGGGCACUAUAUACUGGCUGCAGCUUUCCAGAGUUUCGGAUACUGGCCUUUCCCAACCCUGCUUGGAGAUAUUGAGGAAAUGGAAGGGGUGCAAGUCUCUACAAAGUAUUUCUGUUCACAAAUCUGCAAUAGGGAGUAUACAACAACAUAGGCUUUCUUUUAAAAAAGUAGAUGAUAUCUUCUGAUCUAUGUUUCGGCACUAACAAGGUAACAUUUUGAAAGUGUACACUGUUCUGGCAGUGAUGAAGUGGUAAAACAUGUAUUGCUUGUGAGCUUUGUAAAAUCAGGUGUUCAUUUUUUGCAGUCUCCUUCAGCAUUUGGUUAUGCAGAUUCCCCAUGGCAUCAUAGCACUGCAGCACAGGACAAGCAGGAGGGUCACAGUACCUUUUGUCUGCAAAGUCCUGUUGUGAUGCUGGAGAAUGGCCUAAUGAGAAGUGAGCUGAGAGGUUGGAGGUGGAUUGCAAGAGUGAUUAAGUUGGAGGAUGAAGAGAGGAUUGCAGGAUUAUUUGUGGAGAGUUAGAGUUAGGCGUAAUGCAUGACUAAACCACUUUUUUUACCUUUUGGUGUAAUGCGAUGCACUGGAUAGCACCUGCAGCGCUACCCUUUGCAGAUUUACUCAGAAGCAAAUCCCAUUAUGGUGAAUGUGAUUACUCUCAUGUAAAUGUGCAAGGGAUUGCUACUAGUCAGAGCAGUGCUGUUGGGGUUGGGGAAUAGAGGAAAUGCUAUUUCCUAAGCCCUACUGGACUUGUGGCCAGGGCAAAAGAGCAUUUAUCAUGAUGGAUGAAGAGGGCAUGCGAUCUGGGACUGUAUUUUUUCAGUAUUUCAAUUAACAUUUCAAUUAACAUAACUAAGCUAGAGAAUAGACGUGUUGGAUAUUUGGUAGGUUUUUAAAAAUAAAAGCAAUAUAAUUACAACACUUUUCUUUCUUACUUAGGGUUGGAUGAUUGCCUGCAGCAGUAUGUCCAAAAAUUUGAACGCGAGAAGAUAAAUGGUGCUCAGCUAUUACAGAUUUCUCACCAGGAUCUUGAAGAGUUGGGUAUCACCCGGAUUGGACACCAGGAGCUUGUUUUAGAGGCUGUGGAUCUCCUCUGCGCACUGGUCAGUAAACAUACGGUGUUGAAAUCCUCUUGAGUUUUUCUCACGCUGGCUAAUGGAAUUAUUUGUCAAAAGGGGAGAUAACUGCAGCUGCUGAGCUCUACAGCAGAUUGUAUCGAGUGAACCAGGUAAAGUUGAGUAAAACGGCAGACCAGUACCCUGGCCUCACGUCUCUUUUAACAGUAGUCAAGUGAAGCUGAUACAAAAAAAUAAAAAUAAAAUACAGUUUGCAGUUAUGCAUAGGGCAGCUGUUUAAGUGGUGACACCAGUCUGAACUGGUACUGUUGAUGUGAAUAUUUCAGACUAGGGGAGCCUUUGCAGUGGGUUCCUGGAGUGAAUGCCUGAAUAUGAUUUGAGACUGAAUGAAGGUUAACAUGUCGAUGUUUAAUUGAGACCGAACCAAAAAACCCCCAAAAAGUUGUGAAAAUUGAGCCAAGACCAAGAAGUUGAGAAAAUGAGCCAAACGGGUUUGCCUUUCUUAAAUGAAGUCAGCCACACCCUUCUCUGUAGACGAGGUUUGGCAUCUCAGAGGUGCUCCUGGAUCCUAUGUUCCUGCCCUAUUCUCCAGUGGCUGGGGCUGCUGGUCCUUAGACUGGUGAGCUGCUGUAGCAUAGCUUCUCAGACAAUAUUUAGCACUGGUGCCCAUGCUUAGGCAGACUUCUGUUUUUGUCUACAGCCCAGCUUCUUAUGUGGACCUAUGAAUACUGUUGGAAGCUGCUGCUUGUGCAGAAUGCUGUCACUCAGCCCUGUAUAGGUGGGGUAGUGAUGAAUUGCAGAGAGCAUGUAAUCCCAAUUUAAGCUCAGCUGUGCUGCUUCCCUAUAUGCUUCUAGACUCGGGGAAAUUGCUGGCGAUGACUACUGAUUUAUAGCCCUAAACUUUCUAGAGCCUUAAAGCAGGGAUGACUUACCUUUCAUGGUAAGAACCACAAGCACCCUUGGCCCAACCUUCAAGAGCUGCAGGCCAUAGCUGAGUGCAGCCACCCCAUAUUCUCACUCACAUACGCUGCCCACCUAUGCACACAGCCCCUGUCCUUAGCUCAUGUAAGCGGUUAUUGACACAGAAUGCUUUUCAGAAAUAUUUUAAUAAACAAAAGCAAAUGAGACCUACCGGAAAUAUUGGUUAUGAGAAAUAACAAGGGACAAUGUAUGGCUUAUAGGGGUAUUUCCUGCGUCCUUUUAGGCCCAUCUCUGCACUCCAAGCUUGACUGUACACUUAUAAACCCAUCAUUGUUGUCAUGAUGUAUCUGCUGUAUUUCUUUUAUUUUAAAAAAAUGCAAGUACAGUCAUACCUUGGUUGCUGAAUGCCUUGGAACUCAUACGUUUCAGCUCCUGAAUGAUUGAAAACUGGAUGUGAGUGUUCUGGUUUUUGAACGAUUUUCGGAAGCCGAACGUCCGGCGCGGCUUCCGAUUGGCUGCACGAUGCUCCUGCAGCCAAUCAGAAGCCGCGCCUUGGUUUUUGAACGGCUUGGGAGUCAAACGGAUUCCUGGAAUGCAUUCUGUUGGAGAACCAAGGUACGGCUCUAGAGCAAUGGCUGUGAUUGCUGAUGCUCAGCAGAAAAAUGAUGGGGCCAAUAUGGCAAUGUUCAACUCUCUGUUUUAAGAUGACCUAGGCUGUGGGUAGCCAGACACUGUCUGACAAUGGGAUAGAUAUAGAGAAGAGCAGGAGGGCUCCCAUGGGCUUGAAUAAGGAUGCAGUUAGGCCUAUGGCUGCUCCCUGCCUUUGGAGACUAUAGGUACAGUACAUACGGUAUACUAUAGGGGGAAUCCAUGGUUCUCUAGUUAUCCUUCUCUGCUCCCUCUUUAAUUCCUCUAGCGUUAGCGAUAUUGUGUUGGAUACAGUUUAUGACAGGGAUACACUUGGGCUAUGUGUUUGUUCAAAUGCUGUGAACCGGUGCCAGAAGUAUAUAGAGUUUCAUCCGUAAGAAUGGUGGGAAAGAAUUCUCUGUCACUCUUUUUGCCCUUACUCGGCUACAUUCCGUUCAUUAUGUAACACUUCUUGUAUUUGAGCGUAUUUUUUCUUAAAAUGGGCAGAGCUUUUUGACUCCUUGUAUAAAAUGAGCUCAUGUUUCAGAAAGGGGGGUGGGAAGGGGGCAAAACAGAAAUAAUUUGCCCUUGGUAAACUAGGGGGAGGGGAUGGAGAGAUUAGGUGACUUGUAACAAAUCAGCUGUGUUAUGUUUGAAGCAACUGACCUAAAUACCGCCUCCUCAGUUAUACAGUUGCAAGUAUCAUAAGCUUUUAAAAAGGGUGCUAAGGAAGGAUACAGUGGUACCUCUGGUUACGAACUUAAUUUGUUCCGGAGGUCCGUUCUUAACCUGAAACCGUUCUUAACCUGAGGUACCACUUUAGCUAAUGGGCCCUGCCGCACCGCCGCCGCACGAUUUCUGUUCUCAUCCUGAGGUAAAGUUCUUAACUUGAGGCACUACUUCCAGGGUAGUGGAGUCUGUAACCUGAAGUGUUUGUAACCUGAGGUACCACUGUAUUUUAACUAGGCAACCAUCAGCGCAGUCCUCUGUGCUAAAGUUAGGGUUCUAGUGCCGUGUAAGCAGAACGCAUCUGGUAAAAUCGUGAGAUUACUGGGCAACCUCUUGCUUAGAAUAAUGGAUAAGGCAGCCACCUGAGGGCAUUCUUCCUACUUUUUUUUUUACGGGAUAAAACGAACAAAACUGGAUGUCUGCCAGAACUCAAAAGCUUUAUUCUAUCUUCUUCAAUUUCCUCCUAAUUUCCUUCAUAAAUGCAAGUUUUGACCUUGCUUAAGAAAGUUCUUUUGGCUCAGCGAAAAUGACAUCCUGCCCUAUGUUGGAAUCAGGGUGAAGGGGAGAAUAUGUUGUAAUUUUGGAAUUGCAUGUUAUGUCUUCCAACCAUUGUGCUUGACAAGCUGUGACCCGCAAGCUAUAGUGUGAAGUUGGCUUGUUUUCACUAACCUUAUUUUAAGGGGAAAUUGUGCAUAAUAACACUGCAUAUAUCAGCAAAAACAACAUGUAAGAAAUCAUUAUACUGGAACGUGCUUGCAAAAAUGUGUGUAUUAGUCAGAAAUGUGUUUACCAGAAGAAAGUUGUGCAAAAGGGUGAAAAGCUUUCUUGAGGGUUAAGAAGAAUAGCAAAUUGCUGCAGACAUGUGGUGAAGUAAAUUUAAGAUUGGAAAAGCGAAACACGUAGAGAACUGAAGUUGACAGAUUCGCCCAUUGCCCAGGGACGCCCAUUGCGUCAGGGCUGGCAGGGAGGCCACUUUGUGUGUGUGAGGGGAGAGCUGGAUGUCAGGGUUGGCUCUCCAUCCCGAAUCCAAUUUUAAAGUGUCAUUCCAGGAAAUUUAAUUGCUGCUGGCAAGGAGAAGAGGAGGAUUAGAGUUGAACUUGGUUAAUCCCUAUUUACCCAUGAACUUGCUGGGUAGCCCUAGGCCAAAUCAGUUUCACUCUAUAGUUCCAGGGACUAAUAGUAAUAUAUUAGUGAGCAACAAACUUCUGUAAAGAUGAAUGCAGUAAAAAUCCCUAGGUGCUGCUUCUGUUCUAAACUGCUCUGCAGGUAGUAAAUAAUUGGAUUGUGUGAAGUAGUUUUUAUUUUAUUAUAAAUUUACCAUUCCUGUGCCACAUCUGAAAUAUAAGGGGGGGCAAUAUUAGCUUUUCUGACUCUUGUUUCGACUCGUGUUUUGGGAUGCAUGGGUUACUGUGCUCGGCAUUCUGUCUGUGUAAACUAUAAUAAGCCUUUAGGAAACAUUGUCAAAGGCAACUUGAUCCGCAGCUACUCAGAUUAAUGAUUAACAAGGCAGGAAUGUUUGACCUUAGUGUGUUCCCAGGGAUGUGUGCUGUUUCUCUGUGUAUGAUGAAAGGGUGUGUUGAGCUGAAAAGGGGCUUCUGAUAUGUUUUGUAUAAUUGCCUAUGUAAAUAUUUUUCUAAAGAAAGUAAUACGGGCCACACAUUUCGCACUAAAAAAAAUACUUUGAAAACAUUUGUUUUUAACCUUAUUUGCCAUAGUUCCUUGGAAAUUUGAUUGCUAAACUUGUAUAGGAUAGGUGGAGAAAGUGGUGGGUACUUUAUAAUGCUGAUAUUCUAUGCUUAACCAACAUGGGUGGUUUAUCCACGGCUCACUUCCCAUUUAACUUUCCAUUUUGCACCAUCUCAGGUUUCCUUAUUUGUGAACUGAGGACACUGUUCUCUGCUAGGUAGAGCUGUGAAAACAAAUUUAUUUAUAGUUUUCUAAGAUUGAGUGCCACUCUCUAAACCAUUAACAUGAACGGGAAUAACUCCCUGACUGUGGUGAUAUUACAAGCAUUUCUGUCUAGCAUGUUCCUUCUGAGUUACUUGGAUUUCUUUAAUUUUUAGUAAGGAAGUGGCCAAAUAGCUUGCAUGUGUGCUCUAUGGUCACCAUUGCUCACAACUGAACUGAAAUUCAGCAAACUUUUUAGAUGCACAAUUCUUGAGCGGUCAUGCUCAUGACAACUUCCAUCUUAUCCUAUCUGCUGGGACAUGCACAAGUCUCUCCCUCCCUCACACACUCUGCAGACAUGCAUACUGGAUGGAAUGCAUGGGUGUUGCUCUGCUGAUGGAAGGCAUCUGUCAGCUGAAUGGUGAAAGGGACAGUUUUUGGAAAUUCCUUCUCUUUCCCCUUGAAGUAUGUAUUGGUGGCCUUUUCGAGUGGGUGGGAAGUAUAACAACAACAACAACAACAACAACAACAUGAUAAUAAUAACAAUUAUUAUUAUUUUAUUUUAUUUAUCCCCCGCCCAUCUGGCUGGGUUUCCCCAGCCACUCUGGGCAGCUUACAGCAUAUAUAAAACAUAGUAAACUAUCAAACAUUUAAAAACAUACCAGUACAUGGCUGCCUUCAGAUGUCUUCUAAAAGUUAUGUAGUUCUUUAUCUCCUUGACAUCUGAAGGGAGGGUGUUCCACUACCGAGAAACCUCCCCCCUUGGUUUUGUUGUUUGUUUGGUGGUUUUGCUUUGUUUUAUAACGGGUUGGCAACCUAAGGCCCGGGGGCCAGAUCCGGCCCAAUCUCCUUCUCAAUCCGGUCCACGAACAGUCCGGGAAUCAACGUGAGUAGAAUGUGUGCUUUUAUUUAAAAUGCAUCUCUGGGUUAUUUGUGAAGAAUAGGAAUUCGUCCAUCCCCGCCCCCCAAAAUCAAGUCUGACCCACCACAUGGUCUGAGGGACAGUGGACCGGCCCAUGGCUAAAAAAGGUUGCUGACCCCUGUUUUAUAAGUUGUUUGGAGUUGCUCUGGCAAGAAAAUGACUAACAAAUUUAAUUAAUUAUAUUAAUAAUUCCCCUGCAGGCAGCCCCUCAUGCCCUGCAAAAUCUGUUAAGGGGUGUUUUCUAAGCCUCUGGAGCACAUGUUGAGAUGGGGGCCGUAGGGAGAAGGAGGAAUUGCUGAAUACUGCCUCACUCACUGUUCCACUGAUGGACACCUUCCAUCGGCUGAGAAACACAUUGGAUUCCACCCAUUUUCGGCAGGGAACAUGCUAUAUAAGAUCUCUCAUUUCUUUUUAGACAUGUGUGCCAUCUGCUUCUCGUAACUGAGCUCAGGGCAAACCUGUUUCGCCUCCCCUGAUUUUCGGUAGAAGCCACUUGUGGGCAGCUUUCAUUGGCCUGCCCUGAUGUCUGUCAUGAUCUCUCCCCACCCCACUCCCCACCUUCCUGGAACAUAUUUUCAUAUGACUUCUGGCUUUCCCUCCUCUAGUGUGGCAGAGAGUAGGUGUUUAGAAUCUUUUGCUCAUUUAUUUAUUUAUUUUUAUUACAUGGCUUGUAGGAUCAUCAGGUUCUAAUAAAUUGUCAUUAAUGCUAACUAUAGUUAGCUUAAAACAGGUGUGGGCCUUCAUGUUUUGCUUGCGAUGACAUUUUGGUCAAGCCACACCCACCUGCCAUACACAUGUGGGGCAGCUAAGGAAGGUUCAAGUGAAAGCAGGGUUGCAGCUGCCUGCAAAGCCCUUUGCAGAGCACUCCGCAAGACCCAACAGUCAGCUGAUUGUCACACGGUUUGAUUGUAACAUCAGGUGAUUGACAGGAGAGUGGCCCUGCCCGCUUGCCAAAAAUGGCACGUUGAGGCUGCGGGAGAUAAAAAUCUGUGCUGCUGACCAGCUCCAGUCCUGCUGGCCUGCUACCAGGGUGGAUUUGAUUUAAAUCACUAGUCAGUAAGACUUGAUUUAAAUCAUUUUUUUUCCAAGAGGACUCAUUCUUUCUGGUAUAAUCUUAAUAUUUACAACCAGAUGAAGGUUUCAUUUUUGGAAUAAUAAAUUUUCAGUGUAGUUUUUACAGUUAUAUCAAAAAUUACUGAUUUGGUUAUACUAUUAGAAAUACAACGACAGGUAAUUAUAAAAUUAUUGUAUAUAUAUAUAUAUAUAUAUAGACAACUUUUCUGCUGUACUUUAUUGGAAGGAGAAAAAUAAUCAUUUCCUUAAUAACAAUUUAAACAAUUUAUUUAACGAAACAAUAACAUUAUAGCAUAUGUAUCCGUGUUUGUUAACUGAUGUGGGGAAACAAUUUUUUUUUAAAAAAAAAAACAAGUUAGACUGAGUUUUAGCACACAUGAAAAACUUUAAAAAAUUCCUUAUUUCCUGAUGAAUAGCCUUUGGACUAUAAUGUAACUUAAAUAGAAAAGUAUCUUUAGAAACAUCUUUCCUCCAAAUGCAUUUUACAGUGGUACCUCUAGUUAUGAACUUAAUUCGUUCUGGAGGUCCAUUUUUAACCUGAAACUGUUCUUAACUAGAGGCGUGCUUUCGCUAAUGGGGCCUCUUGCUGCCGCUGCGCCACCGGCACACGAUUUCUGUUCUCAUCCAGGGGCAAAGUUCUCAACUCAAGGUAACUCUUCCAUGUUAGCAGAGUUUGAAACCUGAAGUGUUUCUAGCCUGAAGCAUUUGUAACUCGAGGCACCCCUGUAUUUUAAAAAUCUGAUUUAAAUUUUAAAAAUCUAAUUUAAAAUUUUAAAAAAUCUGAUUUUUAAAUAUUUCUUUUUUAAAAAAUCAUUGAUUUUUCUCCUCCCUGCCUGCUAUCCUGGUUUAAAACAUGUAAUCUUCAUGCCAACUUCAAAGUGAGCUUGCUGAAACUAACCAUAGUUAAGCAUAACCACAGUUCCAUGUUUGGAUGACAUGGCAAGCUGUGGUUAAGUAAGCGGAAACUGAAAUUCCUCCUCCCAGUCACAUGUGGAGAAGGGUAAAAACAAACACCCAAGGCUUGCUGUAGCUGGGCUACAGUUUAGCCUGACGAUCAAAUGCAGACAUAAAUUGGAAUAAUGGGUUGUUCCUCAUUUCAUAAUUGCUUGCAGGGGUUAAUCAUGCAGUUACACCCUCAUUUUAUAAUGACGCCUAAUUAUUUGAAAUAUAGACCCUGAGAAUUCAGCAGCUCAGAAAACUCUUUGUUUUGUGCCAUAUGAUUGUUGCAACUUGCUUGACCCAAACAGUGGCUCACUGUUGAGCGCAUUUACCCUUUCUUAGAGGGGAUUCCUUGCCCAUUAGCAGCAUUUGAGGGUUAAUAGAAAAGAGUGCCUGUGUUGGCUUGUAUAUAUAGCUGUAAGAACUUGGCCAGUAACCGGAUUUAAAGCGUGUGGGAGGUAAAGCAGCAUAAUAACAAAAACAAAUCUCUUGGUGUCCUAUAAAAGGGAAUGGAAAAAAACUGAUGGAGGACUCACAUUGGAACAACUUGUCAUGCUUGUUUAUAAGUAAUUUUGAAAGGUGGUUGGUUUACAUUACUACUGUGUUUAAAUGCUUGCUUUAUUUAUUAAACCUCUUAGUGCCUGAGAGCUGCCUUAUGUAGAAAAAAACUUAUCCUCAAUUGCUGGCUGUGUACAGAUGAUAGAAUUUUAGGGACUGGAAUUGUAAGUUUAUCAUUUGCCUGUGUACAUGUCUGCCUGUGGUCUUGGCUGCAUCCAGCUUUGAAGUUUUCAUAGCUCUUGAACUGCAUCAUAGGAAAACAGAAACCAGCCUCAAAUUAUGGUUAAAGCAGUUUUUUGAAAUAGGGGUGGUGGGGUGGUGGGGUGGCAUUACACACAGAAGCCCCUAGCUUGUAUGCUGCUUCUUCCCUUUGCCCCCUACACCAGGGGUCGGCAACCUAAGGCCCAUGGACCCCCGUCGUCCACUCGGUUGGCUCUCAUGCGUCACGCUAAACUGGCACGGAGCAGAGCGGGGACCGCCUUCUGCGAUGCUGGUUGGCUUCCCAUUGGCUGCAGGAAGCUCCUGCAGCCAAUGGGAUGCUGCGCAAGCCUCCUCCACACCAGAAGGAGCACCGGAAAUAGCGUUUGCACAUGUGUGUGUGCGCGCACUCCGGCCCACCGCGGUGUCUGUGGGAUGGUGAACCAGCCCAAGCCACAAAAAAUUUGCCAACCCCUGCCCUACACUUUUGUUUGCUUGUUAAUGUUUUGAAGGAUAUAUACAUAUGUGCCCAAGAGAUGGAUGCUGGAAGAACACAUGUGACACGUGACAACUACCAACGCCUUUGUAGGGUGGCUUGCCUCAUGCUUUCAAAAAUACUUUGAGAAGACAUGAUGGCUGCUUAAAUAAAGAAAUAAAAUUAAAAUCUCUUCCACAGAAUUAUGGCCUCGAAACGGACAACAUGAAGAACUUGCUGCUUAAGCUACGAGCUUCUUCCAACAAUCUGCAAAACUACAUUGGCAGCCGGAGGAAAAGUUCAAAUUAUGAUGGAAAUACCUCACGCAAGCCUCCUAAUGAAUUCCUUACCUCAGUGGUGGAGCUUAUUGGUGCUGCUAAGGCUUUGCUGACGUGGCUGGACAGGUAGGAUAUCUUGUAUGCUUUUAACACAAACAAUAAGAAGGUAAUCCAUAUCUUUUAAGAAUUGUAUUCCCUCCUCCAACCUCCCCCCCAAAACAUCCCCCCCCAAGGCAGACUUUAGAGGGAAGCUGGGACAUAGACAUUUCUCCUUGAUUGCCUUCCAGGGAGUCUUUGUUUACAAAUAGCAUUUAUCUUGCAGUAUCUUAAGUGUGGAAUAGCACUUUUCCAAGUGUCCUUCAGCAUGACAGCACCUCCACUUUGGAACUCCCUGUCUAUUGAUAUUAGGCAUGUGUAUUCGCUGUACUAUUUUGGUGCCUGUUAAAAAAUGCUUUGUUUCAGCAAGUCUAUACAGAUAUGUAAACACAACACUUAUUUUAAUAUCUAAUUUUAUUUUAUAAUGCAUAUUUUUAAAGCUGCUGAUUUUUAUUUUAUUUUUAGGCUAACUCAUUUUUAACAUCUGAUUUUAUCAGCAAUUUUAAUGUAUCUUCAUAUAAACUGUGUAGAGUUUUCGACGAUUAAAUGGUAUAUAAAUGCUGUUAAUUUUUUUUAGAAGUACAGUAAAUAAUAUUUCACCUCAAAGUGGUACUGUAUUCCCAUAUGCUACUGCAAGGAAAGAUUACAUGGAAGUUUGCCAUUUUGCAUUGGGCCAUUCUUGACCCAAAUUCCCUUAAAACAACAAUGAAAUAUAAUCAGUCUGUGACUUACAGUGAAAUCCUAUACAUAGCUGUUCAGAAAAGAAUCCCAUUGAAUUUAGUGGGGUUUCCUUGCAGGUAAGUGGUUUAGGAUUUCAGCCUGAAUUUUCUGUUUCUCCACUACGUGAUAAAAGGGAAUUUGGAGUCGCCCCAGAGAAGUGAAGGAGGCAGAAAGCAUUCCUUUCAUCUUCUGGCUAAUACUGUUGAUAAGUUAAGGUAGCUUUCAUCAAGUUUGUGCCUGCAGUCUGUUUUGGACUGCAACUCCCAUCAGCCUCAUCGAGCACGACUGUACUGCCAGGGGCAGAUACGAAUUGUAGUCCAAAAACAGCUGGAGUGCGGCAGGUUGGUGAAGGCUGAUCUAUGGAGACAGUUGCGGAUAUUUAGCCAGUUUGAGGCCCGAGAUAAACACAAAAGUCUCUCACAUCCUGCCGGCCCUCCAAAGAACCCUGAUAGUGUGACAGGAAGAGACAUCAUGAGAGAGAUUGUGGAAAUGACAGGAUCUUGUUGAGAAGUUGGAAUGGAUUUUGUUUUUAACCAGGGCUUGGACCUGUUGACUGGCAGCUCUCUGCAUUCUUUCUUCAUCCACAUUAUAUUGUAGUCCCCACCCCCUUCCCAAUUUCAUUGUUUAUAAUACAGUAUGGGCCUACAGUGGUACCUCGGGUUAAGUACUUAAUUCAUUCUGGAGGUCCGUUCUUAACCUGAAACUGUUCUUAAACCUGAAGCACCACUUUAGCUAAUGGGGCCUCCCUCUGCUGCUGGAGCACGAUUUCUGUUCUUAUCCUGAAGCAAAGUUCUUAACCCGAGGUACUAUUUCUGGGUUAGCGGAGUCUGUAACCUGAAGCGUAUGUAAUCUGAAGCGUAUGUAACCUGAGGUACCACUGUAUUGUAUUUGUUGUUUGGUGAACUGCUUAGAGACUGUCUUAGUAUUAUGUAGUAUGUAAAUAUGCAGUAACUUCAUCGCAAAUCUUUCUUUUGAAUACUGUGGACCAGUUACUUGGUUUCAGGGCUACUAUAUGUUGUGGCCUAUCCUGGUUUGCUUUCCCCUUUCUGUCCUUACACCACCACUUUUGGCAAAGCACAAGGUAAAAGUGGGACAAACCUCGACUUUCCCGUGAUCAGAGGAACCGGGUGAGAUGAGAACUCAUUGCAAGCAGAGUUUUCGAGAUCUGGAUUAGGGCAUAAGUGUGGUCAUUGUAAGCAGCCAUAAAAAGAGUUAAGACCUAACUAAAAGGGUUUUCUUUUAAAACAACAAGCACGGGAGUUUAUAGCAGACCUGUUAUUAAAUAUACUAAGCUUGUGGUAAUGACCACUGUUGUGCGGCCUCUCUUUUUUCUUAAAGACACAUUCUUUUCUUACCACAGGACGCCGUUUACAGGGAUAGCUGACUUUUCUGUGACUAAGAACAAAAUCAUUCAGCUCUGCUUGGAUCUUACUACCACUGUUCAGAAGGUCAGUUGAUGCACUGUGUAUAUAACCCACCAACCAAUCUCCAUCUGACCUUGUUCCAUCCACAUUUUACAAAAAGGAGGGCAAAACGUUGGGUGUGUGGAAGUAACCGCAAUACAAUUUUACAUGUAGCUUGGUAACAGAAACAAAUUGGAGUCCUGGGGAUUUUUAGAAAUCAUUAGAGGAAGCAGGUGUAUGGAGACCGUUGCCAGGUUUUGUUGCUCUGGCCUCCCACAGUCGACACUGGGGGGGAAACCAAAACCCUCCCAGUGUUGUUUUUAGGAAUUAUUUACUUGGUAAGGCUAUUAAUUUAGCUUGUUGUAAAACUCCACACCUAUAAGUCACCCAGUUACUCUGCAGCAUUUUAUUGCAUGGGUAUGUGGGCCACAUUUUAUGAAAAUUUGGGCCAUGUACAAGCAUUAAUCUUCCCUAGAUAAUUGUAAUGCUUCCUUUAUUUGAAUCUUCUUUUUAUCGACCAGUGUGGUAUAAAGGCUGUCUUGUGAUAAACCAGUUCUCAUUAUGCGUAGCUAUGUGUGUUUUCUGCAGUAGCCCCUUCAGUUAUAAAACUUCAUAGUGGAUGAGGCACAUCUCUGGUUCUAUUUUAAAUAUACUUUAAAUGCUCAUUUCUUUUCUGUGGCCUUUGGGGGUUGAUUUAGGACAUGGCGGAUGUUGCGACGCAUUUUAAAUGGCCUGUUUUGUCUUCCUCCAGUUUUAUAAUUUUAAAACACAAUUAGAUAAUGUUAAGUUUUAAAUAUUUUACUGUUAUAUAUUUAUAUGAAUGUAAACCACUUUGAGAGGCAGUCUUCCCUGAAAAGUAGUAGCAUUGUUGCCCAGAAUUUAGCAACAUGGCUCUUCAAUGGCCAUGCCCUUUCCCAUCUUGGAUUGAAUGCUAAAUAUUUAAAGUCUCCCCUAGAUUUAAGCUAGGCUGUCCAUCUUGAAAUUUCUGCUUAUGCACUUUUUCAAAAGUAAAGGAAACACUAUAAUCUUCUAAACGAGGUUCUUUUAGUUCAAAGUCUCCUUGUAGUUUUUGCCGAGUAAAUAAUACUUUGGCUUGAAUUCUUUCAGUGGCGUAUUUGGAGAGGGUUCUUUUAUUUUUGUGUUAAAAGCAUACGCACACACGACCAAAGGCUUUAAAUGUGUGCACACAUUCUGAAUCAAGAAGUGCAAAUGGAGUUUCACUGGUGCAAUACAGCUUUCCCGGCCACAGCUUCCAAACAUUGCCCCCUCCCAAACUCGAAGACCUUUCAGAGCAGAGUGGGAUCCAGUGUCGGAGUCUACUGUUAAAGGGGGGGAACCAGCAUAAAUCAGAGCUCCCUGCCCCCCUUGUGUGAGCAGAAAUGCCUUCUGUUCAUGAAAGGCACAAUGCAUGUUGUAAAGUGCAUGUUGAAAGGGAAGGCUUGUAGCUCAGUGGCGGAGCACACACUUCUUAUGCCAGAGGUCCCAGGUUCAGUCCCUGCUGUCUCCAGGUAAAGGUAAAGGGACCCCUGACCAUUAGGUCCAGUCGUGGCCGACUCUGGGGUUGCGGUGCUCAUCUCGCUUUAUUGGCCGAGGGAGCCAGCGUACAGCUUCCGGGUCAUGUGGCCAGCAUGACUAAGCCGCUUCUGGCGAACCAGAGCAGCGCAUGGAAACGCCAUUUACCUUCCCCGCUGGAGCGGUAGCUAUUUAUCUAUUUGCACUUUGACGUGCUUUCGAACUGCUAGGUUGGCAGGAGCAGGGACUGAGCAACGGGAGCUCAUCCCGUCGCGGGGAUUCGAACCACCAACCUUCUGAUCGGCAAGUCCUAGGCUCUGUGGUUUAACCCACAGCGCCACCCGGGCUGGGCAAAACAUCCACCUCCUCUCUGAAACUGUGGAGAGCUGCUGCCAGCCAGUGUUGACAAUACUGAGCUAGAUGACCUCUGUUUGACCCUCUUGUUUCUUUAACAAAUCAUUUUACCUUUUGUGAGUAAAGGCUGUGUGAUAGAGAGGACCAUGUGUGCCAGAUGUGAUAUUGCUUAUAUUUCUUGCUAGCAGAAUCAGAUCAUGGAAGGUGCAGAUAUAUUGCCAGAAUCACCUGUGAAUUUUCUUGCGAAUGUAAAAUGGAUUCCUUGGGUUCCACUGGGUUUUUCUUGUAGAAGUUGCAUGCAGAAUCUGCUUGCAUGGAGGGAAUCGUUGCUGCAUGUAACUGUGUUUCUGCAUGGAGAGCAAGCCUCUCUGGACCGUUGCCAAAGGCAUCUAAAUGUCAACUGUAUUCCACACAUCUUUGACUUACUGUACAAGUCAGCAGUGUCAAAAGUGUCAGUUUACUGCUGCAUAAGGGUCUUCCGCUAAUAGAAUAUUUGCUUUCUCUCUUUUUUUAAAAAAGGACUGUCCUGUGUCUGAAAUGGAAGAUAAAGUUCUCAGUGUAGUAAGUGCAAAAGUUUCUGUUUAAACUCUUUCUUUGAAUGCCUUCCUGUUCAAAACUGCUCUUAAGAGACAAUGCUGAUUUGAAAAGAAGCUUUGUGUGUUAACAGAGCUCACGUACCUUGUGCUGUUUGCACUGCGUUCUCUAUCAUCCGAGAUGGAACUUCUGCCCCGUGUCUCGUGGGAAGAAGCGCAAGUUCCUUAUUGGAUGAUAGAGAAGAGUGGGAAUCAGGAAGUGCAAGAGAUCUGAAGUCAUUUGUAGUGUGACACUUGGAGCAAGUGGAAUGAAGCCAAUUGCUGCUGCUACGCUUCUAGGUAUAUAAAUGAAACACACCGCUCUUUAUAAUUUACUGCUGAAUUACUAAAGUAACAAACUGUGGGCUUAUUUUGUUUUGCUUGCCUAAGGAGUUGCCGGCCGAUUCUUCAAACAUUAUUGCAUAGGCAUACAUUAGCAUUCUGACACAUGAAAAAGUCCCGACACCCAAACAUUCAAAAGCCCAGGAGCAGUAAAGCUGUCAGUGUGGCAGCAAAUGUACCUUGUUCUUACAGAAGACCUGCACUGCUUAUGGUUUCUAAUUGCACUCGGUCUGAAAGGGAGUUUUCCCAAAUAUUUUUGCAGCAGUCUUGUGACUGGAAGAGGGAUGCAUUGACAUGCUUGUUAUAUUUUUGCAGUGGUUAAUCAUCUCUUCCUGCUUUUGGCAUGAAUCGGGCUGUGUUCUUUGAUAAGGCCUUCCGCCUGCUGAUAGAUGCUUAGGAAUUCACAAUAGCUAAAAAUAAACACACACACAUUUCAAUCGAACAUAGAACAAUUAAAGAGUAUUUUACCAUCCACCGCCCCCAAUUUUUCCAUAUUCCCUUCCAUGUAUGCAUUGCAGUGGUUACUACACUUUUUGUUUUUGCUUUUAUUUAUUUAUUUAACUGAAAAAAAUGGCAUGUGUGUUAGUCAUUUUGUUAAAUAUUACGUAUACUGAGUCAGAUUGCUAUCGCCAUGCAUCCCACCCAUUUUUUUUGUCUGUCAGUGCCUUUUCUAAGGUCAUGGGGCUCUUCUUUUUCACAACCUUGCUGGCUGCCAUCCAUUUAAAAAUGAGAUGCCCUAGCUCUUGCUUAGGGGUUUUGUGUAUGCAAAGUGUUUGCUGCACUGCUAAACUUUACAACAGCUCCUUCUCACUUUGCCUACAUUGUCCUCAGAAUGUCAAGGCACCAUCCUGUAUGUAUUAGCUGUUUGGUGAAUCUUUAACUUUUUAUUGCUGUUUUACAAUAAAUUUUAAUUUCCCCCGCCCAACAAAAAACCCCAAACAUACAUCAUUAUUUUGAAUUAAAGGCAGCUUACCUAACAGUGAAAAAUAAAAAAAUUAAUUAAAAAUAAAAUAUUAAAAAUUCCACCUGCAUGGAUCUAAUUAACUGUACCCAAAUAGAAAAGUCUUUAAAUGCUUAUGGGUGGGGGAGGAGGGGAGAAAUUCUUAAUUAAUAUGGAUUUUUGUGAGAUUCCAGGGGGAAAGGAUGUUAUUGUUGAGGGGAACCACAAAUAAAACACACAUUUGCAUUCCCUUUUUUCUGAUUUGGUGCAUAAGUGAUAAAACUGAGACGAUGUUCUUGAUCAGUGAUGAUGAAAGUCUUAGGAUUUAAGACUGGAGGGAGUCUCCAAGAAUCUGAGCUAUUUAGGGCUUUAAAGGUCAUAUACAAUUGGACUCUGAACAAGGCGUCGGUGCAUAUGAUGCUCUGACCCUCUUCCUUUAGGGAGUAGGCCAUUGUGCUCUUCAGUAUCCAAAGCUUCCCAACUGUAAACAAGAGCAGCCCUUUGUGGGGCUCAUUAGUGGCCUUGCUUCAAGUUACAAAGGCCUGAAUUAUGGCUGCAGGAUUUGAAUAUGUCACAAAGGACCAGCAGCUUUCUUACCAGAUGUAGUUGAUGAAAGGUAGUGCUGGCAGCUGCUGCAGCCUAUAAAUCUGGAUGCAGUGACCCCUUUACUUGCGGGGAGGACGGACGGGCUAUGUUUUGUUGUAAGGCAAAAAACAAUUGCAAAAGUAAUCCUGGUGCUCUUCCUUUGUUUUAGUCCAAGGUUCUAAAUGGAAUUUGUGAUAAGACAAUCCGAUUUACAACUGAUCCGUUGAUGAGCCAGGGUGCGUGUCUCGAGGAGGUUCAUUUAACUAACAUCAAACCUGGGGAAGGCCUGGUAAGAAUGUUUUCCUUCCUCAAAUCCUGAAUUGCUGCCCACUUAGCUUUUUUUCAAGUGCAUUUAUAGUGGCCUAGUCCUUGAAGGCUAAUGUGAUGAAACUGGUGUGAGUUCCAGAGCUCCACUUGCACAGGAAAUUCCAAUCUUUUCUACAAAGAAUAGGGGAUCCUACCGUUCAGUAUCCCUGUGUACCUAGAGGGGUGGAGAAGAUCUUACAACAGAGAGCUCCAUACUAGCAUUGAUACCUUUGUACGGAAGCCAUUACUGCUGCUGUCGAGCUGUAACAUUACUAAGAAUACAAAUGUCAAGAUGUUGACAGAAGGAACAAGUUAUUUAGUUUAAUAAUGUAAAAACUAGACAAUAAAGACCUUUCCCUUUCAGUGGCAAUAAGUUCGAGGUAAGCAGAGCUGUUUGAGUGGUGUAUACCCUCCUCAGAAAAUGUUUUGCGCCAAAAAAUAGCUGAAUUCUGCAUGUAUUGUGUGUUUAUCAAGAAGGGUUGCUUACGUUGUAUCCAGACAACAGGUUUUCAGGAGACAUUGUUGUAUACCUUCAAAAAUUAACAUAUUGUGUUUUCAUCUUGUCUGUCAGUUUGUCCCCCGGCCAAUCAGGGUCUCUGAGUCAAACUGUUUUUGCCAAUUUUUGUUUGUGUAGCUCAUGGGAAAAAGCUGCAAAUAGCUCCUGGCAACAAAUGUGUAUAUUUUGGUUUUGCUCUCAUGGACACCUAUUGGAUAGUACACCUCCGCAAUGACUUGGAGCUGUGUGUGCGCGUGUGAUGAUGGGGAAAUAUUUUAUUUUAACUACACAAAAGGAUGCAUUCUUAUCAGUCAUCAUGGUCCCUGCCGACUCUACAAUUCUGUGAUUCUAUACCUUCACAUGCAAUUCUUUAAAGGACUGAAGGGGAAACCCAAAAGGAAUCCUUGGCUCAGCCUUGCAAUCCAAGACUUUUUCUUUAUCCAGGUCACCCUAGGAGUAAAGUUGUCUAGAUCAGAUCCUUCUUCAGUUUUGCUAUUCUGUUGAGUUGCAUGAGACUCAAGAUAAGCAAUUCCCAUUAGAAAAGAGGAUUUGAAUUGAUGAACUUUUCUCUUAUCUGCAGUGAGACACUCUCUCACUCCUUUUAUACCAGGGGUGGCCGGUAUGGUGCCCCCAGAGGACUUUCUUGGUGUCCACAGCACCCCACCUCUUGGCCUGUCCCCCUGCUGAAAUUAGACCUGAAAGCAGCAUUCUGUUGAUAUCAGUAAAUAGUUUGUGGUGUCUGCUUGGUUGCAGUAUGUGUUGGAUGCCACUGACAAAUCCUUCAGUGUGUCCAUGAGUCCAAAAAGGUUGGUGACCGGGUUUACACAGUUAAACAGUGUUUCAUUGGGACUGGUGUCAGAGUGGGAUUAUGGGAAAAGUUGCUCUUCAUAAAUAGUUGUCUCUAUAGAGCCUCAAUAUAAUUGUGGAUGCGCUAUAAUUACUGUUGUGCUAAAUUUAUCUUUUUAACUAUCCAUCUUAGGGAAUGUAUAUAAAAUCUACUUACGAUGGAUUGCAUGUUGUUACUGGAACAACAGAAAACGUGAGUAUUUUUUAAUGUUUUCCUCCAAACAGAAUUAAUUAAAGCUAUCUUAGAUGAAGAUGAGAUCCAAGAAGCCAACUUGAUUAAAAGCAGAUUCCGAAGUCAUCUUUUUUUUUAUUUGGGUUUUGCAACAUUAUCAUUAACUUAUCAUUGACUGUGGUAAUUAAGUGUGUGCUUGUCUGAUGGUGUCUGCCUGUCUAAUAUCAACCCCUUAGUUUAGUUUGCAGUAUGCAAAUAGAGAAGAGUGUUUCAAAAUGCUGCUGGGGUUUGAAAUAACUGGAAUUACCAGAACUAUUGUUGAGUAAAGCGCUUAUAGUGUUUGGUCUAGUAAAUGCUGGCUGAGCAAAUAUGUACUUCCAUAAUGUGCUCUGUCCUUUAUAAAAGCAGCAGCAGGAUGUUUAGACUAGUAAUAGAAUGUAAGAUUCCAUUUGCUUCCUGGGACAAACACAUUUUUCAAGAUAACAGAAACAGAUCUUUUUAAUUGCAAAACCUCUGAAUGGUCAAAAGGGAAAGGCUGGUUGAAUGAUAACAUUUCUGCUGAACUGAAAGACAGCGCUUGACAGAGUUGAGAAUGAAAAUACAGAUUUUGAUGCUGAUUGUAAAGCUUUAAAAACUUAUACAUGUGCAAGUGUUUAAAUCUGUCAGAAUAUCUGAUGACUUUGAGUUACAGUUUGAAUAAAAGUUCCUGGAUUGCGUGGCACAUAUAUCUCAGAAUUUUAUAAUCAUGCAGACUGUUACCGAUUCCCUCCUUCCCUAAAGAAAACACAGCAGGUUAGCAGUCAUAAACCUUUGGAUCUCCUUUAUCUCUCCUAGAGCUUGCUUGAAAAAUCCUAGCUUCCUUUCUUGGGGACUGCAUAUCUCCAUAGAGGAGCAAGUGAUUUACAAUUAGUAGAAUGAUUCCUUUCAGACAUUGCAGUUGCUGCUGCUUCUCAUUCACUGUCCAUCCAAGAGUGUAGAUAAAGGAGAGCGCGAGAUGGUAGAUAUUAAAGCUCUCGAGUUGUUCAAGAGGAGUGAGACGUGUCCGAUUCCAGUCAGGUGACAGGAUUUCCCAGUUGUUUUUAACGGCUUCUGAUUUCCUGCUUUUGGUGGGAAUGAUCUGACCCAAACAGAGCUUUCCAGUCAUCUUGCAAACACUCAUGAUGCAAGCCUAGAGGGCUGUAUUGUUUGUUUCUUUGAGAGCUUUUGCAAACGGAUUUUCGUAAUCCUGACAGAUAUUCCUUGGUAUGCACAGUGCACAUUUUUGGACGUCUAUGAUUGUGUACUCGGAGAGAUCGUCUGUUGGAUUCUUUGCCAAAUAGGUGUUUCCGUUCCAAGGGAAAAGGGAGUUGCCCACUGGAGGUUCCCUGUCUUCCCAGGCAUCUUGCCUCACUUUCCCAAUAGCUUUUUUUUAUGAAGGUGCUGCUGCUGUAGUUUUUGCCCCCGAAAUGCGUCAGAUCAGAUGGUGAAAGGUGAGGGAGUCUUUCCUAAUGAGGCUUUCAGCUCUCAUCCCAGGUAGCCCAAGGGGAUUGUCCUGUCCUCCAUUUCCCUUGAUAAGGGAACAGAGGAAAUGAGACAUUUGUUUCAGUUCUAUGAGUCACACAUUAGCUUAGUACCUUUUCCUUUCUCUAUGAGUGGGAUGUCAGGAGUAUCACUGGAUGUGAAGUGGUCAUAAUGGCAUUGGAGACAUUUAAAGCAACAGCUGCAGGAGAGUGCUGUCUCCUGGACAGAACAGAGUAAAUAUUUAGGUGCCAAACUGCUGCUUGCUGAUAGUUAACAAGGCAGACAACAGGCUUAGUUAGGAUAUUUGUGAUAAAAGUUUUUUAACACCUCUAUCUUUCAGUACACAUAAUUGACCCUGCAGCAUGUUCCCUACUAUUAAGAGAAAUCUAGUUAAAUUUGCAAGCUUUUUGUUAGAUGAGUAAGCAGUAAAGAACAUGCAGACUAAAAUGCUUCAUGUGUGCUCGAGACAGGUUUUAAAACAAAAGGAACGUGGCGUUCAGGGGUAUAGCAGCAGAAAUAACUAAAAUUGUAUGUCUUAGAAUCUGUUGUUCUUAAAGGUUUUUAAAGUUUUUGGGGGGUGUUCUGCUAAAACUCCCAGUUGGUUUAGUUCAGCCUUCCCCAACCUUGUUCUCUCCAGAUGCUGGACUGCAACUCCCACAUCCCCAAGCAUAGGUGAUGGUGAUGGGGGCUGAUGGGAUUUGGAGUCCAGCAAACAACUGGAGAGAGUGAGGUUGGGAAAGGCUCGCUUAGUGUUUUUGCUUUGUCAGGGCCUAAGUAUACGGCAGUGGUAGACCAUGUGAUAUAACUGGGUUACUGUUAUAUAGAAAGUUGUGUGCACACGUAGCUCUAAAGCGUGAUAUGGAAGCUGUUCCCUUCCUCCAUACUUCCCAUUCUGAAAUGACUUCAUCCACUUCUCUGUCUCCCUUCCCCCUGGGGUGGCCCUGUGUUUCGGAGGUGACCCCCGCUGAGAGAAAAGUGCUAGGAUUAAGCAGUUUUAGGUGGGAAAGCUCAAGUAGGGGAAGCUUUCCCUGCCUGGUCCAUGCUGUGCCUUAAAUCUCUUCCUCAGAUUUAUAGGUUUUCAGCAUGACUGUGUCAUGUAGCUACCUAGCUGUGCCUCAACAAGUAAUGAAAACACCCCCUUUUUUGCAACAGUUCUUCUCUCAUUCUGUCAAAAUAAUUUUGGUUUGUGACUCUUUUGCAACACAGACUGGGGCUCAUUCCCAUUGCUUGAAUUUAUGAUCCAAGGACUCACAACAGAAAUAUGUAAGCUGCCUCCCUUAAAAUCUGAGAUGACAAAUGGGACCCAAGACGACAUGUUGCAGUUGGGAAUGCUUCUGCUUAGGGCAGUGGUGUCCAAACUUUUUCAAAGAGGGCCAGAUUUGAUGAAGUGAAGGGCCGUGGGGGCCGACCAAAGGGCUGACCAAAGUUCUUGACCUUUUUUAAGGGUUGAAGUUGUUAAGGUUUUUUUUAAGGAUUUUACCCCAGGAAAUAAACUGCCGCAGGGACCAGAUUAAACUGAUUGGUGGGCCGGAUUCGGCCCCCAAAACGGACUUUGGGCAUGCCUGUGUUAGGGAGCCAGUCAGCCAUGUUUCCCUUGAGGAUAGUUCAUUUUCUUUUCCAAGUAAAGCUCAGUAUUCCAUGGUUGCUCGGUCACCCUUGGGCUACUCUUCUGAGUGUCCCCUGCAAACCUCAGGGUUCUCCUGAACAUGCUCAUAUCUAUUCCCUGUUUCACAGUAGCCCCUUUUUGGCCAAAUAGCUUUUGGCGUUUGCCUUGAGUUUGCAAUUAGAGGACGUGAUGCAGGGUAAUACUAAGACUCUGUUGGAUCUGUGAGAACAAUUUAAUCUAAAGAUGGGGAAUUUGUGAUUGCUGGACUACAUCUUCCUAUCAUCUCUGACCCUUGGAUGUGGGUUGAUGGGAUUUGGAGUCCAUCAACAUCUGGGACGCCUGAGGUUCUCUGACCCUGGUAAAAUCCAUGCAAGUUGUCAAUUGAUUGUAGCACCAUCAACUGCUGACUGUGAACAUGUGACUCAUAUUCCUUAGAAUUUUCCUUAGAUACACAAGUGAUGUGAAGUAACUCCUUUAAGAACAAGAACAACCCAAACAGCAUAUUUUAUUUUAUUAAACAUUCUGCUUAAUAAUGGAAGUUCUUAAGCAGUACAUAAAAAUUACAGAUCUCAGAGUGUCUGAAGCUGGCUUUCUGUGUGUUUGUGUGAAACAAAAGGCUUUCUACUAAGUGUUCUAUGUCUUGUUUGGUGGGUUGGGAGCUUGUAGCACUCCUAAAGAUUUAUUCCAUGUUUGGGUGUGUUUUUGGUUUUGUCUUUAUCUCCCCACCACCCUCUUUCUGGCAGUCAGAGUAGAUUUGCCAGUUCCUGAUGCAAAGAGAUUUCAUGGAGGGGCUACUGUUCAGUGGAAACACAGAAAGUCUCAGGUUCAAUCCCUGGUAUAUCUAGUUCAAAGGAUGGGGAAGACCUUUACUUGUAAUCCUGGACAGCUCUUGGCAGUAAGAGUGGACCGGUGGAGGCUGGUCUGUUAUGGUGAAUGAGAUGCUGCCUCACCAGCCUGCCUUCUUACUUACAACCAGUCUGUGGGGCGGCACUGCUUGCAAGCUUCCUCCUCCUUGGUCUCGGUGUUGCUGCUUUCAGAACUCAGCAGGCUUAUAGAACUCUGCCUGCCAGUCCCAGUGGUCCCCAGUCACCACUGGAAUGGACAGUUCAGGUCUAGCUGGACAAACAGUCAAGGAUAGUAUAGCUGAAGAAGCUCCUUGUGUUCCUUUCCUGCGACUCCUGCGCUUUUAACACCUGUGUGACAAGGAUAAGCUUUGCAUUGCUCAUCCUUGUGAUGGUACAAAAACUGUUCCUGCUGAAGCUCUGCUUGACCUCUCGCAUCAGGACAAGCCAGGUUAGCCAAAAGGAGCUUUUGCUUUUGGCAGCAGAAAAUCACAGCAGAGUUUGUGGCCCUGUGAGACCUUAGGCAAACUUUUGUUUUGUUUGCUCAACAUCUAAAAUCUGAUUAAGGGUUUAUUGAUUAAGAUCACAGGGUGGUUUUCAACAGUUUCGGGCACUUGCUGCUGCUUUUGUUUUGUAUAGAAAGGAUAUGCCAGUCCCAAACGUUCACUUGCACUAUAUAGAGGAGCCCUUGAAAUAGAACCUAAGGCGUGGCUAUGCAAAUAUAAAGGUGGGGCUAUGUAGAUAGAAGCAGGUGCUAUUCUCAGUUAGUGGCAUGGUCACCACUGGCUGCUCCCAGUGAUGAUCUCCAAUAUAAGGAAACGGCUAGUUGUCCCUAUGGGAGCGAAUGGCAAAGAGCGGCAUUAUGAUGCAUUGUUGAGCUGAUAGCAAAACCUGCCCUCCAUCUGAAAAUGCAGGGUGAUCCUGUUCUCAGUGCCACACACUUAAUGGUGUGAACCUACCACCACCUGGGUUCCAUGUUCUCAGACAAGCCCUUCCUGCUCUCACACUUCACCUGCCAUAUUGACCAGCCUUUUGCUGGUUAUUUAAUUGAUAGCUGUGAUGUCUAGUGAUGGAGAUGGCAGCUGUAACUUGCAUAGAAAUCUCACAGGCAUGCCUAUCUGCUUGGCUUUUCUGUCAAGGUCAUCCUGCGGUUUUUAAUUAAAAAACAAACAAACUAAGGAGCUGUUUAGUAGUUCUUAAGUGACAAAGCAAUGAAAAUUUCAGCGCUCCUCUUUUUGUCCUCUGCAGUCUCCUGCUGAUAGGUCUCAGAAAAUUCAUGCAGGCGAUGAAGUGAUCCAGGUGAAUCGCCAGACUGUGGUGAGUAAAGGGCAUUUCUUGUUUCCCUUUAUUUUUAGCCAAGCAAUUUUCAGAGUCUGAGCAAGCUCACAAGACAGAUUUUAAUCUUCAUUUACCAGUGACUGGCCUUUUCAAUUAAAUUCUUGGGGGGGGGGGGGGGCUUAAUGCUGGAAUGGUGCUUUUCCCAUUAAGGCAGUUUUCCCUAGAAUAGCAAGUUCAUGUUAUAAAUUCAGCUAGAAAUUUUUAUAAAAGGUUGGUCAUAAAACAUUUUGAUUAAGGAAAGAAUGAAUUUCCCAUCAGUUUAUUCCCUUAAGCUUGUUUUUUUAAAAAAUAAAAAUCCUGAGAAAUACAAUUCCGUUUGAAAACAUUUGAAUACUGAGGCUAUUUAAGAAUGAGUAGAUGUUUUAUAGGGCUCACCAAAUGAAAAGUUUACUAAACAUAACUAUAGGUUUGCAAUGUCCUUCAUGGAAGCAGGUAAAGUCAGAAGAAUCUGCUAUUUUGACUCUUCUGGAAAAUUCUGGGCUGAACAGUCAAGCAAUACCAGCAUCUAGAACUGUUUAUUUGUUUAGUCAGGGAUAUCCUGGGUUGGGUGAGCUGAUGACAGCCAUUUCCUGUGAGUACCCUUUCUAGGCACAUGCACAAAGUUGCACCUUUGAGCGGGCUAGAAUGGGUGAGGUAGGGAAGAUGGCAGACUGUGCCUUUGCUGCCAGUUGAAGGUUUCCACUGCUCAGCAGUCACAGCUGUUGAUUUGGGGACCAUGUGCUGUCUAACUUCCCCGUCCCAAAAUUAAGUGCUAGGGCUUUGAUUUGGGGGCCUGCUUACAUGAGCCAACUCCCUAUCAUAGUUAUUGGCAGCUUGUUUAUAUGUGCCACAUAUUCCACAGAUGUAUUUAUGCUCAAAACAGCUCACAGAAAAUAAACUGUUUAAAUUGCAAUACUUUAUAAAAAUCCAUCAUAGUUUCACUAACAAGCAAACAAUUAACGAUUAAUUUACAAUAUGUGAAAAGAUCUAAGUGAGCAAAAAAGCUUACCAAUAGAUCAGUUAACAAUAUCUAAUGUAGCUCCAGGGCUGAUAGUGUUAGUGCCUAGCCAACCCACACCCCAUCUUUAUACCAAUUAGGCAAAAAGCAAACAACCCCCCCCCCCUCAGAGUUCUGGCAGUGGCACCUUUAUGGAGACCCCUAGGGCUGGAGGGUGCACCAAAGCAGGGGGAAGCAUCCACUCCCUAAUGGCAAACCAGGUCUUUCUCUCUCUCUGUCCUUUGCCCAGCCAUUUCAUAAUCUGCCUGUCUGUUUAAAAUAUUUAAAUCCCACCUUUUCAGCUGCUGUUCUCAAGGACGCUUACAGCAUAUAAAAACAAUUGCAGACAAGCACAAACAGUAUCUGCUAAAAAUGGGGAAAACACGCCACCAGUGAUCAAAAUCGUAGCAGAAUCCCUUUUAUCAAUGCUUUUUGCUCCGUUGGUUUCUGGGGAAGUCCAUGUGGCGUGGUAGUACCACAAAACCACUAGAUAUGGGUCUUUUGAGGGCAGUGGCGUAGUGUGUGGAGGCGGGGGGGUGGUGGCCCCAGGUCAAAAUUCUGAGAGGGACAUAACCAGGCACCCGCCAUGACAAGCUCCCUUAACAUGACUGAGCUUCUGCUGCCUUCCAAAGCUUUGGGGCGGCAAACCGUGCCUGGGCUGGGCCUUUGGAGCUGGGGCGGUACCUUCUUUUCUGUGUGACCGUUGAAGGGACCUGUGUGCGUCCCAUCCCUGGGCUGGCUGACAAGUUUGGGCCAGCUCGCCCUUCCGUCCACGUAGACUCCACACACACACACACACACACACACACACACACACCGCCACAUGGAGAUCUCAGCUGCCCAGUCCACCAGGGAGGGCGCAACACUUGCCCCACCCUGAGCACUGGCAACCCACGCUGUGCCACUGGUUGAGGGUAAGAGGAGCAUUAAUCAGUCAGUUAGACCCUCAUAUAUUUUCAGCAAGACUCAGGUGUCUCAGUAGACAUGUCAGGCAAUUCCCUUCCCCCACCCCUAUAUCUUGUAAUAAGCUUAUUCUUCCAUGUUUUGCCUGCAAAGUCAUUUCUUAAAAUAUGUCAUUUGGGUUUGGUUGGGGGUGUAGGGUUUACUUAGAGCAAGUGAUAUUGUAAUUUAUACGUAGCUCUCUCAUCUCAGAGGCUACAGGCUGGAAGACAGUGUUCACUGAAACUCUGCAUUUUUAUAGCACCUUUACCCUGGCCUCCAAAAGCCUAUCCUAACAGAGAAGUCUUAUACAGCUUCUGGCCAAACCAAGACCUCAUAAUUCUGCGGUGAAAAGUGAUUUCCACAAUGAUGUUAUGGAAGGUAAUUUGAUCUACAUGCCUCUGAUGCAGGGCAGUAGACAUUCUAAGUGUUUGUUUGAUUUGUUUUGAAGGUGGGAUGGCAGCUGAAGAACCUUGUAAGGAAGCUCCGUGAGAAUCCUUCUGGCGUUACUCUAUUAGUGAAGAAACGCCAUACAGGCUCUUUUAAUUUUACUCCUGCGCCACUCAAAAACCUAAGGUGGAAACCACCACUUGUUCAGGUAACAAGGUUUUAGUUUUGUCUUGCCUCUGACAGGCUUCCCAGUGAUUUCUUCCCUCAUUUUCUGCAUGAUUUAAAUAAAUUUUUGUGCUUAUUCUUGAAGAUGCUCAGGCUUUGGUAAGGAACAGCCAGUUAGAAUGUUCAAAUCUUAGAGAUUUUAGUGGGAUGUGAAAUUGGUAUAGUCUCUUGGCCCCAACCAACUUUGGCCUUUAUUAGGUCAUACCACCUAUCUAUUUGAGCUUGGAAAAUGAUACUAAGCCAAUUCUUGCACUAGAGUUCUGUUGUAACGCGCAUAUAUAAAUAGCCCUUGUGAAAUCACUGAAGCUCAAAUUUCAACGUAUUUUGCAUUGACUAAUUUAACUAGUUUUGCAGCCAGGAUAGAAAGGGUAGUUGAUUACAAAGAAUCUGUGAAAUCUCAUUUUCCAUUAAAUUACCUUAGCUUUCUAAUAUACCAAAAGAACAAGGCAGUUGGGGUUUGAAGAGAGGGGGAGAAUGAUUGUUUUUCUUUAAUCCCUGAAGGAUCCUGUUUAUCAGGACAGAUAACUUAUAGUGAGGCCAUUUGGGGCUGAGUUGCUUAUAAUCUUUUGGACUGAUGAAUUCUAGAAGUAAACAGUAAAUUCUCGAUGGGCUGGAAAACUAAUGAUGGGAGAUUAUGUUUUCUAAAAGAGCAGUUUUAUCCAGUGUUCUUUUGUAGCCUAGCUGAGUUGUGUGAUUUCCCCCCUUUUGUUUUCAUGGUGCUGUUUGCAUUUGCCAGUUGCCAACAUCAGCAGAAUUGGGAUGUUGUGGCAUCUCUGUGUGAGAGAGAAAGGGUGUGGAAAAGAAAUGAGGAUUAAUAGCUUUAAGAAGAUGAUGAUUUUGAGGCUGAGCAAGUAAUGUUAAGGGAGUAGUUUGACACUUUCAGGAAGCUAAUAAUUGAAUUGCUUAUAGAUGCAGGUACAGUUCCCACCACUUUUGUCUGUGUACUAUUUAAGCUGUUGCUCUGCAAGAACGUGCUCAACAGGUGCUUGUGUAGCUGUUUCUUAGCUUUCCGAGUUGAUGAACAGGUCUCUGCCAUAGGUGUCCACUUUGCAUUGUUUUUUAACUCAUCUCCUGUUGUGUUUUGUGCUGUUCUGUAACUGCUUCUAUUAGAUUUUGUGCAUUGCCUUGGAACGUAUGUUCCAAGAUUAUUAAGAAAACGUGGAAGGAAAAUUAAGAGACGUUAUUAACGUAUAUUUAAUAUCUCACAAAAGCCUCCAGGGGCUCAUUUUCUUCAGCAAGUCAUUUCUAUGGUUCCAGAGUAUAGCAGAUCACUAUUAUUAAUUUGGAAAUGCAAUAAACAAAACAACAAACUGCAGAUUUUUGGUUUGGAUACAGGUUAUUGGUUUCUUCCAAGGGUGCCUGGAGUUACACAGCCACGUUUACCGUAAAUUGUUACUUGUAGCCUUAUUUUCAACAACUCUAGGCAGCUAAGGAAAAUGAAACACAAUCAGUAAACAUAAAACAAGAAGCAAUGUGUCUGUUUCCAGUGGCUCAGGUGAGAGAUGAAAUGAGGAAUGUUGUCGCAUUGUAGAUGGAAAGGGCCAGUUGCAUAGUGUACGUCUAAUUUACUUAAGCAACUACCUGUUGUUUUUCUCACUGCAGACUAGCCCACCUGCAACUACUACCCAGUCACCUGAAAGCACCAUGGAUGCUUCCCUGAAGAAAGAGAAACCAGCCAUUCUGGACCUUUACAUACCUCCACCACCGUCUAUUCCAUAUGCUCCUCGGUAUGCCAAUAGCUACCUAAUGCUUAACCCCAAAGUGCCUUUAUUUUGGAUUUAUUGUUUAUUGAUGUAGAAUAUUUAUAAACUGCUCACCAUUCUAAAAUAUCAUGGUGGGUUGUAAGAAAAAGAGGAGGGAGAGAGAGAGAGAGAGAGAGAGAGAGAGAGAGAGAGAGAAACAAAAUGCAAAAUUCACACCCAUAAAAAUACAUUGAACAGGAACAAUAUUGAGCAAUGCUACUAUGAAAAUGCCCGAUUGAAUAAAAAGUCUUAAGAAAAGGACCUAAAAGAACACAUGGUUGGUGCCAACCUAAUUACCAUGGGGAGUGUAUGUUGAAGUGUGACUGCUGUUGCCCUAAAAACUCUGCCCUGGGUACACAUGAAACAAAUUUCUAGGGUGUCUUAGGGCCCUGCUGGAUGACAUAAGGAUUCAAGCAGGAUGUCAGAAGGCAGUCUGUUAGGCAAACAGGUUCUAGGUUGCUUAGGGCUUUAUGCACCAGAGCUGACUGUCAGGACAGAUCCCUUAACAGGAGCAUUGCACACUAGUAGCAGGUCGCUCCUCACUGCAUGCUAGCCACAGCAUUCUGCACCAACUGCAGCUUCUGGGCCAGUCUUAAGGUCAGCCCCACACAGUGGGAGUAAUCCAUUAUCUGGAAAUUCUGACUAUUUUGCAUGAUGUAUUCAGGUGCUGUUAAUCCUGUGGAAGGAGCAAUCUGAAUUGCAGAGUGCUUAGGACUCACUCCAGAUCACAGAAACCUUGUUCAACAACCUCUCUGGCAUCUAUGAUGGCACCAUGCAUUGCUCACAUACCUUCAAGCAUCCUGUCUAGGAGCUUGUUUUCAGAGAAGAACCAGCAUUCUUAGCUGAAUCAUUGGCCUAGUACCACAGUUUAUGCUUUUUCUGUGCUUGUGCAGAAUUGUAGGACCCAACUCAUGCACCCUUGAUGAUGUCUUCAUUCCUUUUACUUUUUCUGCCUUUUUUUUUUUUGCCAAAUCUUGAACAGCUAUAAAGUCGCACUACUUCCAAACGGUAGUAAGGACCGUCCACGAGUGCAGAAUCACAAUACCUUAUAUUUUCAUUGCUAAUCAAGUUCCUAUAUCUUUGCAGGGAUGAGAAGGGGAGUUUUGUUUAUGCAGGAGGCAGCAAACCUAAACAACCCCUACCUGGUUCCAAAGGUGCAGAAUCUCCCAAUUCCUUCCUGGAUCAGGAAUGCAGGAGGAGAAGGUUUACACUUACCGAUUCCGACCCAUUGCCUGGCUAUUCCAUGGAAGCAAAUAUUUUUCCUGCAAAGAUGAGGGAAAAAACGCAAUCCUAUGGUGAGUAAAUUGUUACAUUUAUCAGCUGAGGAGAAAAGCUGUGUGCAUCAGGCAUAGGUAAACUCGGCCCUCCAGAUGUUUUGGAACUACAACUCCCAUUAUCCCUGACCACUGGUCCUGUUAGCUAGGGAUGAUGGGAGUUGUAGUCCCAAAACAUCUGGAGGGAUGAGUUUGCUUAUGCCUGGUAAUAGGGUGUUGGAGUGUGUAUGUGACAAAGCCUCCAAUGUAAAGCAAAGGCUUGAAAAUUAGGUCGCCAAAUCUGUCGCUAAGUACCAGCCACUGGGAGCAGAUAGCAGGGAAAGACCAUCACUUGUAUCCCUGCUUGUUAAGGAGUGGAUGCACUGCUACUUCUUUUAGGAUGACAGGCAACAGCCAGGAUGGUUCAAGAUAGCCACACGUAUCCUGUCCCAUCACCAGGCCACAUAAAUUGAAAAAGGAUCCCAUAAGACACAUCACUCUACUGCAGCUGUGGCAUCCAAAUUGCUAUGGAGUUGAGUGACUUCAUCCUCAAAGUGUUGGGCAAAUCAUUCAUAGUUGGCUCCAGAGAUCCAACUCCCAUGUUUGGGUUGACAAGCCUCUGGACCACAUGGAAAAGCUUCUUAGCUCCCUCCAUUGCUACUCAAUAGGUGUGUUUAUGUGCCCUAGCAAGUGUCCAAGUCAGCUUCAGAACAAAUUUUACACCACUUGCGAUCUAGCCAUCUCUGGAUUUGUUUCAUUACCUGCAGUUCCUUAGUAAACCAAGUUGCAUUCUAAAGAAGAACCCCGGAAGCGAUUGUGUUGAUGGCCCUUCUCAUAUCACCAUUCCACACAGAGCUGAGAGCCCUAGCAGAAUUGUUGGCUCUGUCUGUUGGAAAUUCCCCCAGAGCAUUCAGGAACCUUCCAUUAGUUUCUGGAGGCAGGCCAUCUUAACUGGUCCCACAUUCCUACAGGGCAGAGCAGCUGCUACAAGUCCAAGCUUAUUAGACAUCCUGUUGCUUGCUGGUAUUGCAUCUCAGUUAGCUUCUUCCUAUUUUGAAUAGAUUGUGUAAACUCUUCGCAUUGUGUUUGUCAUUCAGAUCAGCUAAUAUGAAGUUAACUCAGCACUGUUUUCUUGAAACCCCUUCUGUGUUGCCUUUAGGAAAGCCUCGCCCGUUGUCUAUGCCUGCAGAUGGAAACUGGCUGGGAGGUGUAGAACCUUUCUCUAGGCCCCGAGCAAUGGGGAGAAAAGGUAAGGAAAUUGUGCUCUAGGACCGCCGCUUUCUUAAAUGCACUUGUCUGUACAUUCGCUACCCUGGCCUGUAGUGAAGGGUCCACUGUGCAGUUAAACCUUGCUAAAUUCUGAACGUCCUCUUGUGCGUUUGCCAUGAGUAAAAUCGGAAGUGGGGAUCCUAGCUGUUAUAAUGCAAAACUUUGGUUCUUUUUAUUCCUGUAAAGAGGUGGCCCACCUGGGUCCACAGGUUAGAUGUUGUUGUUUUUAACAAAUCUCAAUUGGGUCAAUUUUAUAUUAGGAUGAUCUAGCCUUCAGAGGCUUUUAAUGCCACUGUAUCCCUUGACAGGGACACGGGUGGCGCUGUGGGUUAAACCACAGAGCCUAGGACUUGCUGAUCAGAAGGUCAGCGGUUCGAAUCCCCGCGACGGGGUGAGCUCCCGUUGCUCGGUCCCAGCUCCUGCCAACGUAGCAGUUCGAAAGCACGUCAAAGUGCAAGUAGAUAAAUAGGUACCACUCUGGCGGGAAGGUAAACAGUGUUUCCGUGCGCUGCUCUGGUUUGCCAGAAGCGGCUUAGUCAUGCUGGCCACAUGUCGGCUCCCUCGGCCAAUAAAGCGAGAUGAAUGCCGCAAUCCCAGAGUCGGCCACGACUGGACCUAACGGUCAGGGGUCUCUUUACCUUUACCUUUACCCCUUGACAGUAGGGUGACACCUCUUUGUUAGGCUCUGAAGUAGGUUGGUUGCUCUGAAGUAUAUUAUGGAAAACUCCUCUAAACCUUAGACUGGCACUGGCAAACUGUCCUGGGCCAAGGAUUUAUUAUCUGACUUUAAAGCACAGCACCAGAGUACUGGUUUUCUCUCCUGUUUUCUUCUGUUCCAUUCCUCCACAUUGUAAAAUUGGCCAGGUGGUCUCUCUCUAAGACAAUGUGAGCUACUGAGACCUGGUUUGCUUUUGCCCAUGAAAUGAAUAGAAAGAGAUGAUUGCCUGCAGCAUAUGCUUGCCUUGCAGUGCAAUUCAGCCUAUAUGCUGCUGCGCCACAAUCCUCCUUACCUAUCCUUAAAAGACACGAGCUAAUACCUGACUUGACAAAAAUGUACACACACGUAAGAAUGGGUGACACACAGAGCCUCUGAACGACUUCCGGUUCGUGGAUGUAGUGAUUAGCCACUCCUAUAUGUUGCUCAAUGCACACCUUUGCAGACAGGUGAAGGACUUUCAAAUGUCAUUACUGCUUUUGUUUGCCUUAUAUUGCAACAUUUGAAACAAAGGUGAGUGUUAUAGCCAGUGUAAAACAGUGUUCCUGUUCUCUACUGCACAGAGGUCCCCCUUCAUUUACUUUAUACAGUACUGAGAGCCAAAUCUGCUUCCCUUUCUGUAAGUGCCAGUCACCAUAAACUAAGCUAUACUAGCGUAGAGACAAAACCACUACAUUGUUGAGGAGCGCAACAUAAGGGAUUUAUUUCAUGGAGAGAGAGGUUAUUCCUCAUGCCCCUUAAUGCUGUACCCUAAAGGACUAGCACUAGAGACAGUUUACACCAAAAAAUAAUUUUAGCAGUGUUCUAGGGCUUUGAAGCAGGUGAGAGACAAUCCAUGUUACAUAUAAUAUGGUGUGCUGAAAGCAAAAUGGCUCCAAAUUUUAGGGAUAGUGGUGAUUUUGAGUGAAGAAGUGAGGAGAAUGGGACUUUGGAAAGUUGUAUGAGGAAACACCCACCUACCUAUGAGCUAUACUGGAUUGAGCCAAGGACCCGUCUAGUCCAGCAUCUUGCAGUAGCCAACCAGAUGCUUGUGGGAAGUCAGCAAGCAGGACCUAAGUGCAGCUACACACUCUCCCCUUGUGAUCCCCAGCAACUGGUAUUUAAAGGCGGAACAUAGCUAUUAUGGCUAGCAACCAUUGAUAGCCUUACCCUCCCUGAAUUUCUCUAAUCCUCUUUGAAAGCCAUCUGAGUUGGUAGCCUUUGAUACUACUUGCUGUGUAGGAAGGAGCACUUUCUUUUGUCUGUUCUGAAUCUUCCAACAUUCAGAUUCAUGUGGCGUCCCUGAGUUCUAGUCAUAUGAGGGGGGGAGACGGGACAGGACGGGACUGCUCUCUAUUCACCUUCUCCAUGCCAUGUAUAAUUUUCUAUACCUCUGUCACAUUCCCUCUUACCGUUUCUCUAAAAAGGCUAAAAGGCGUGUAACUUUCCCUCCUACAAUUCUUGCCUAAACAGCUGCUGGGGGAGUUCCAGGGGAGAAGUUGUGGGUGAAGGAUUAAACACCCAGUUCUGCCCACUUCUCUGCUCCAAAUUGCCCCUUCCCAAAGCUCUUAUUUCCGUCAGGAUUUUAAUGCAAGUACUUGCACGUACCUUUACAAUUUAGCCCUAAAGCAAAACGCAAACCCUCAACUUUGUACAGCAGUAAGUAAAAUGGAGGUGAAGAGCAGAACAUAAGUUUGAGUAAUCUUAAAGAGGGGUGAUGGUGAGGGGAAUCUGUGUGGGGCAGUUCACCAAAACUUCAGACUGGCUGGAGGUGUUGAAACGCUCUCUUCUGCAUCUCCUUAUGCUGGCUCUGAUAAGUGUGUGUUUUCUUUGUUCGUUGCAGGUGAAAAUGCCCUCUGCCGGUACUUCAGCAACGAGAGAAUCCCGCCCAUCAUUGAAGAAAGUUCCCCACUUCAGCAUCCCUUUUCCAGGCCUGUGGCGGAGAGGCAGCUAGUGAGGGGUGCAGACUACAUCAGGGGGAGCAGGUGUUUUGUUAAUGUGGAUCUUCACAACAGUGCGACGAUCCCUUUCCAGGAGGAUGGAGCCAAGAAGCUCCCGGUGACCUCCUCCACGAAAUCCUCCUCCACAGAGCGCUCCCUGCUGGUCAGCUGGAUUACGAGACUCAAGUUAUUGACUCACUGAGUUAACUGGCUGCGUUUUGACUUUCUAGGGUAUUUGAUAUUAAGUGCCUUUUCUUCCCCUCCACCUUCAAAUGGUUUUGCAGUACCCACAGAGUUACUGAGCAGUUUUGCAUUUUAUUUUAUUUUCUCCCCCUGGAGAAGCUUGCCCUUUCCCCAAUGUUUCUGUCUCGAGAUUCACUGGAGUUGGAGAGAGGGGGUCUGUUUAAGGGGGAGCAGGAGGAGAGACGAGGAGAGAGAUCGCAAGACGUAGCAUUUUUCUACCUGCCCAAGGGUGGAGGGGGAAUUCAGUCCUCUGGAGAAAAACCGAUCAGGCUCGAGUGAUUCAGAGGUCACUGCUGACCUGAAAUCCGCAUGACCCACGCAGAAGCAAUCUCUGCAUUGUAAUGAGGCCUGGUGGCACUUCAUUUGCUACAAGACUCUGAUGCUGUGCAACCUACUGGAUCUGCAGACUAUGUAGCACUCAGCAAAAAAUGGAUUCCUACGCUGCAAUCCUGACCAAGAAGGAAGAAAAGGGGAGGUUUUCCCCUCCCCCCCCAUCCCUUUUAAGCAACGUGGUUGCACUGCAAGUGACUGGAGACGACUCAACUAUUGUCAGGAAUAAAAUGCAGUUUCUUCCUUUGUUCUGAUUAGUUACAAACGUGAGGCUAUUUUGGUUGAAGUUAUUAAAAUCUUAGUACAGUUAAACUGUUCUUCCCUGAAUUGCUGCAAUACUCAUCCAAUUAGGACAUGGAUUGCUACAACAUGCCAAGGAAAUGCAUCUCAAGUGACAAUGGUAAAAAUGAAUAUAUCUUAUUGCUUUUUUAUGAUUAAGACUGAAUAGCUGUUAACCAAAGUAUCCUUCUGAAAGCAAUCCCUGCAAGCUUCUGGAGCAUCAACUGUGGUUCAAGGUUGAACUGGUUUUUAUAUUAUUUGGGCUUUAAAGGCUGAUUUGUGAUGAGUUUCAUUUUUGUAAGGCAGUUUGCUCUUUCAAAGCGUUGGGGAAGAAACUGUUUGUCAUCAUUAAAUUAGUAGCAUUGGGUGAGAGUUGGGGUGGUCUGUGGAAGGGAGGACUUGCCAGAAGUGUUUGGAUGCAAAUAAUUUGUUGUUUUCAAAGCAAGUGUAGGAAAGAGGGUUUUUUGUUAGAGAUCCACAAAGAACAUCUUGCUUAAAAUAAUUUAAAAGUAUUUAAAUUACCCUUUCUUUCUUUUCUUUUUCUUAAAAAACAACACUUAACCUUUUAUGCAGCUUUUACAUUUCUCUCUGACACCACUGGGUACUAAUUAGCCAAGGCAAAAAAAAGGUCACACCCCAUUAAAUUAGUUAUUUGAAUGGUCUGAAAACAGCACCAUCUACACUGAUGAAAGGAAUUCAUCACAUUUUACACUGCUGUCUAACAUGAUAAAUGUGAUCUCGGCAAGCUUUCUCGAGCAGUUUAUAACAAGCAUGGGGAGACAGAUGUUAAAUUAACUGUCUAGGAAACUGUCACAACUAUACUAGGUUGAAUGGAUUUGCACAAUUUUUUUACCAUUAAAAGAAUGCAUAUGGUUAUAACUAAAUUCGAUCCUGUUUUUGACAAACAAGCUAAAACAAUGACAUAACUUGAGUUAACUUUCAAGCUGAACUGGCUAUUGGUACCAGCCCAGCAAACUUCACCAAAGCUAGUGCAGCUGUUCUGCAUCUUGAUGAUGUUUUCUCAUAGUAUUCAAAACUUUGUGGUUUCAAUUAAAAAGAAGCAGUAAAACAAACAAACCCAAAUGUAAUUGAAAUUGCAGUUCACUUUUUCUUUGAAGAUCCAGGCAAGUAUGAUGUAGAAAGUGAGGUGUAUUGUAUGAAGUUCAAAUAUAAGCUAAAUAUCUCCCUCAGAUAAUGAAAAAGGAAGAUGUAACUAAGAAAAUGGUUUCUCUCUCGAGCCUGAAAUUUCUCGUCCAGUUCAGGAAGUAACCUCUGUUCUCAGGAAAGAAUGAAUAUGUUCAUGUCUGUCUUUAAUUCUUUUGUUAACCAAGAUGGAAGCAUCACAUGAAUUGUUUUGAAACUGUUUCACAUGAGAGAAGGUGGCUAUGACACUGAGUUGUGAACCAAGAAGUCCCAGGUUCAAAGCUUACCAGCAGUACAUUAGGUAAACUCGUAUUUUUCAGGCUCAGUCUCCCUAAGAUUGCAAGGUUAGAAUAAUACGUGAUAUAUUUUCACUGCAGAUAUGUGUAGUAUUUGCCACUCCUAAUAUGCAAUCCAUCUAAAGUACCAUGACAGGCUCUGAUCCUGGUUUUGCAUUGUUUUUAGAAGAAGAGCUCUCAAAAGCAUUAGGCAGGACUAGUUGACACUGCCCUUGACAACUUCUUUCCCUUGAUUGGGCAAUAGAUGCUCAAAACAGAAGCCACUCCUUUGGUGUCAUUGAUGAGCCAAACUUCUAAUUGGCUUAUUUUGAUUUCUGGUGUACUUUUGCUUCUCUGUGAUCUGUUUCCAAGGGCCUUUAACAAGACCUUGAAAAACAGCUAAGGAAGGCAGGAGAAGUGCAGAUAACCCCCCCUGGCACCAUAGCCCUGACCAAAAACACUAAUGCAGGACACUUUGAUAUCUGUAAUUGGAAUGAAUACACCUUAGUAUCUCCUCUUGACAAAUUUCACUCUUGCUUCGUCUACUUAGGAAAACACAGAAUAAAAGAAAAAUUUGCCUCAUUCCACAGAGGCAAAUCCCACAGUUGAAUAAUUUCUCCUAACCAGCAAAGGGCAGAAGUUGUAUGGUACCAAGUUAACGUUUGAGGGAAUGUAUUUACCUGAAAAGUGACCAGAUAAAGAAGUUUAUUACAGCAUUAAACUGUAGUGCAUUUUCUCAUGUUUACAAAUUGGGUGUAUGUUCUAGCACAGCUUAGUCUUGCGUGCGUGUGUGUGUGUGUGCGCGCACACACAUAUAUGCUAGCCUUAACAGUCAUGGCCCUGUGGCCCUGUAGAUGUGUGUGUAUAUAUUUGUGUGUGUGUGUAUUGUUCACUAUCUCCCACAUAUUGUGGGAACUGCUUCUGCAGGAUGUCAGCUCUCCAUGGAAGUGUGCAUGAAUACAGCAACCAUAUUAAUCAUGUGGAUGAAUGUAUUUAUGUGAGGUUUUAGUGCCUUUCAGGUUUGUUUCCAUUUCAUCAAUCUUUUUAAGUUGCUUCAGGACAUUUUUUGCGUGAAAAACGAUGGUAAAAUAAUAGUUUCUC